UGAUAAACUAAAUGGUGAAAUCCAUGUAAUAUGUGUGGGUAUUUUAAAAUUGUCAAGCUUUGGAAUCUGCAAGCAAACAUUUUUCCUAAUCUGACAGGACAGUACUAAUUUGGGACCAAUGUUAAGCUGUCCUAUGUGUUUUGUUUUUCUCUUCUACCAUAAGCACAAAUUUAGACUUUUGCAAGAUACUGCCAAGCCAAUACGUGAACACUUGAAAUUUGCAUCUGCAGGCCUGGCUGUGUGGCAAUGUGCAUGGCAGCUCAGGGAGCUUGAACAACACAUAAAAAUGACUCUUAUUCAGAAGUGAAUACAUUGCUUAACUGGCAUGCCCAUUACCCACCUGUCACUCUUCAAUACUUUGCAGUGUUUUGCUGCAUUACUGCAUGCUAGUGGAUUUAGUUUUCUGCAAUAUACAGUUGAAAGUGAGACCACUUAAGUGACUAAGUCAGAUGUGUAACUCCAGCUACAGCAGUGUUAUUUGAAGAAUCAUUAGCCAGCCUGAAAUUGUUCAGUUCUUUUGGGAGAACUUGGAAAGGAGGUAAGGGUUUUCUUUGGUUUUUAAAGGGUUAUUCCAACCAUGACCACUUCAGCGAUUUGAAGUAACGUGUAACUCCAGCUACGGCAGGAUCAUUUGGGGCGUCAUUAGCCAGUCUGAAAUAAAAAUAUGAGGGCUGGCUAAUGUCUAUAUUGCCUUGGAGCUGAAAAGGAGGUAAGGGUUUCUUUGGUUUUUAAAGUGUAUUUAGGGGGUGCAAGAUGGAAUGGAUUACUCCCAACACUUUUUUUUUUUUUUUUUAAAUACACUUGUUUUGGUUAGCGUAACCCUUUAAACAAGUAUUAUCCCAUUGCCCAUCCCAUCUUUAUCAUUAAGAGACAAUUGGCAAUUUGCAUGUUAUGACGAGGCCAAAAGCUAACUGUUUAGGCAGAAUGAUUAAAAGAUUUGUGAUUCGUGCAAAUUGAAAGUGGAUAUUUUCUUUAAUGUGUUUUUCAAAAUACAAAACAAUACAUUUUUAAUAUUGGAUAUCUAUAUCAAGUUUGUGAAUACAAAAUUGACUAAAGUAAAUCAAAAAAGAAUGAGGUAGUCUGCAUGCUUUACACUGAUGGGAAGGAGUUCCAGCUAGAACAUGCAUAUUAAAUUAAAAAUGUAAUUUUAUUUCUAGACUAAGUGCACUUAUUUUUAAAUAAAACUGUCCUCUGCAAAAUGCAUUUGCCAUUUUCACCUUCACAUGGGUAUACGGUUAAAUAAUAUACUGUACUGACAAAAACAUAAAGGAUAUACUUACAUGAAGUUUAGUCCCUCACAUUUCAUUCCUUAAAGGACCACUCUGGGCACCAUAAUUUUAACGCAAUUAAAGUUGUGUAUGGUGCAAGGAGGUUCUAGGGCAGGGCUGCCCAAAAGGUAGAUCCUCAGAUGUUUUAAAACUACAGCUUUUUAUGAUGCUUUGUCAUUCUAAAGACAUGCAAAGCAUCAUGGGAGUUGUAGUUCUAAAACAUCUGGGGAUCUACCUAUUAGGCAGCCCUGUUCUAGGUGCUUUAGUAGUGUGUGUGGAACUGCACUCAUUACCAUAAAUCUGAGCCAGGGUGCUUGCUGAACCGGAAUCAAACACCAGAUUUCCAAAAAGUAAAGGUCCAGGCACUCCUUGGUUCAAGACAGGUACUUUAUUAGGAACCACAACAGCAACGUUUCGACUCCAAAAGGUCUUUGUCAAGGUGACAAAGAACUUUUGGGGUUGAAACGUUGCUGUUGUGGUUCCUAAUAAAGUACCUGUUCUAGGUGCUGUCUGACCUGAAGGUUUAACAUUAACGGUUCACCCUCAGCAAGCCAGUGCUCAAUGUUCCUGCUCUCUUGCUCAGCAUCCUAGGUUUAAAUCAGGGGACCUCAGACUGGGCGCAGAUGAGAGCGUUACCUGAUUCUUUCAGCCAAUAAGUGUGUCUGGUCCAAGGCGUACUGGUUGAAGCUUGUGGCAAUGAGUAGAAAUACAGGGACAGAGAGAUUGAGCACUGGCUUGUAGACUUGGGAGGUUAAACCAUUCCUGAUGUUCAUCUUAUACAGCUAGAAUGUCCUCAUAUUUACUUACAAUAUGAAUUCUGUCCAGCCCUGAAAGACCAGGGCGUUGGGGAAAAUUACAAAUAAAAUGUUAAUUCGUUGCUUUACAGCCCCCACCAACUAGCACAAACUCCCUUGUAGUAAUGAGGGGUGCAGGGCCAGUCAGGGAGAUCUUUUGUACUCCCUCUUGGAGUUGGGAUCCCUAGGGUGUGCAUGUGCGCAAAGCUAAUUUUGUUAAAUUGGACUUUCACCUGAUACUCUCAGCUAAAGAAUGCUAUGCAUAUAUGGACAAAACGGUUAUUGUUAAUCUAAAAAUGUAGUUUCUGCAUUACCAGGACACGGGCCCUGAAAUGAUACUUUCUUUGCAUGUUGCAGUGGUUAUGGUGACAGGGCCCCAGCUGUAUUAGCGUGGUUAUGGUGCUUACAGUGUCCUUUUUUAGUGAACCACUUACUUAGGAAAACUUACCAACUUUCUCGUGUCACAGCCUUUACCCUGCAUCUCUCUCACAUUUCUACCUACCUAUACAGUAAUCAAUUUUAACAUGUUCAGAUAAAAAAUAAAAUAAAAGGUCAGACCUGGCCACCCAUCUCCUGUAAUUGUACCAUUCUGGGGAGAUCACUGCAGCAGGUACCACCACCUGUUUGCAUUUAACAAACAUUAUCCUGCUUUAUUUGUAGUAAAUAUUACAUUUAGAGUUUACCCAAUACACGCGGGGGAGGGGAGGGGGGUUCUGUCUAUAAUCUUCUAUAUUGUACAUCGCUAUGGACUAUGUGGUUGCAAUAUACAGACAUUAUAAUAAUAAUAAUAAUAGUAUAAAUAGUGACUGUAGUUGCCGAGGCCGUAAUGCAGCAUGGCUGGCUGAGAGUGCAUGGAGCAUGGCUGGCUGAGGGUGCUUGGAGCUUGGCUGGCUGAGAGUGCUUGGAGCAUGGCUGGCUGAGGGUGCUUGGAGCAUGGCUGGCUGAGAGUGCAUGGAGCAUGGCUGGCUGAGAGUGCUUGGAGCAUGGCUGGCUGAGGGUGCUUGGAGCAUGGCUGGCUGAGAGUGCAUGGAGCAUGGCUGGCUGAGAGUGCUUGGAGCAUGGCUGGCUGAGGGUGCUUGGAGCAUGGCUGGCUGAGAGUGCAUGGAGCAUGGCUGGCUGAGAGUGCUUGGAGCAUGGCUGGCUGAGGGUGCUUGGAGCAUGGCUGGCUGAGAGUGCAUGGAGCAUGGCUGGCUGAGAGUGCUUGGAGCAUGGCUGGCUGAGGGUGCUUGGAGCAUGGCUGGCUGAGAGUGCAUGGAGCAUGGCUGGCUGAAGGUGCUUGGAGCAUGGCUGGCUGAGAGUGCAUGGAGCAUGGCUGGCUGAGAGUGCAUGGAGCAUGGCUGGCUGAGGGUGCUUGGAGUUUGGCUGGCUGAGAGUGCUUGGAGCUUGGCUGGCUGAGAGUGCAUGGAGCAUGGCUGGCUGAGGGUGCUUGGAGCUUGGCUGGCUGAGAGUGCUUGGAGCUUGGCUGGCUGAGAGUGCAUGGAGCAUGGCUGGCUGAGAGUGCUUGGAGCAUGGCUGACUGAGAGUGCUUGGAGCAUGGCUGGCUGAGGGUGCUUGGAGUUGGAUACACUAAGCCGCAGCCAGGACAUACCCGUAUCCCCAUUCAUAAUAUUUACCUCAUUGCUCCUUGUUGUUGGCAGCUAGCCCGCCCCCUCUGUAAACAUGGGCGGCAGUAACACUACAAUACCGCUUCCUAUUGGCUGCCGGGGAUCAGUAUUUCCCUAAACACGCCCACUGCUCCGCGCGAUUGGCCACCACAGAGUUAGACAUUCGCAGUCCAGGCUCGGGUUCCAAGUGUCGCGGCGUCUGAUUGGUCAGACGUCAUCCGCCGCGGUCUCUGAUUGGUCCAGUGCCUUGUCCUCCGCCCCGCCUCCCUCAGCCGUCAGUGGGUGUCAGGCAGCGCUUUGUUUGGUAAAGCAAUAACAGGGAGCGGAGGGCGGGGCCUGGGCUCACUUGCGGAGAACACGAUCAUCGAUCGGCUUCGCUCUCCGAGGACCGUGCAGCUCCGGGGCGAGAAGCCCUGUGUCAGGAGUGCAGUCCGGGGACCCGGACAGGCGGUAGGUACCGGCCGGUGGCGGGUUUCACGCAUAGCUCUGUCAGAGCGCGGUAUCAGGCGCGCGACCGCGGGUUUGGUGCGCGCGCGCGCGAGAGAGAGCGAACUGCGGGGAGGGGAGUGGGCGGUACCCUUACGUCAUCACAGAUCCGAGACCCGAUAGGGCAGGAUGUGCGCGUGGGCGGUGCUUGAGGGGGCAGUGCUCAACUGAAAUUAUUCAAGAGAGGUGCGGUGAGCGGGGCUGGGUCAGACAGGGGUACUGGGAGAAGCUGGGAGAAUAUCCGCCACCCCUGAUAUAAUAAGGGAUAAAGUGGCAGGUGAUUGUCCAGGUAAAUUAUAAAUGACUUAAAGGAACACUCCAGGCUUACCAUAACAACUUCAUCCAAAUUAAGUUGUUAUGGUGCCUGGAGGCACUCUUACCUCAAUUGGUUAAACCGUUCUCGAUUGCCUCCAGCGCUGAUCUCAACUCCGCCCAGGCAGUAUGCGGCUAAUGAAUUUUCGGUUUAUGAUGGCAUGGAGCGCCGCGGGGCAGGUGACGCUCUCAGCCAAUCAAUGACUCCCCAUUCACAAUACUGGGGUGAAAUAGGUUUCUUUUCAAGCCAGUUUUGUGAAUGGGAAAAUGGGGGGGGGGGGAGACCUGGCACCAUAACAACUUAAUUUAGUUGAAGUUGUUAAAGUGUCUAAACUGUCACUUUAAGGUGGCCGCCUAGAUGUUAAAUAGGGUCCUCCAUUCCUAUACUAAGAGUGAAAGAUCGGCGCUAACUCGUUAUCUGCCUAAGUUCUCGUGAGUGUCUUAAAGGAACACUAUAGCAUUAGGAAUAAAACAUGUAUUCUUAACAUGUACUUUAAACUCUAUGUUUCUAUGUAUGGUGACCUGCUGACUGUCUAGAUUACUGCCCCCCUCACUCGUGAAGUAAAAAGGUAGAUUAACUUUACUUUUUUUAAUCGCCGCAGUGCUCUUUCCACAGCAGCUGAAAUAAUCAUCUUGACUUGGUUCUUGCAAGGAAGUGCAUCUUCCCGACAGCCAUUGUCGAAAUAAAGAGAUCUGUUUAUUUCAGCAAUGGACAUAUUAAAACUAAAGGAACACUGCACUUCAUUGAGAUCCUUGGCACUAAAAAAUGGUCACGUGUAACAAAUGCAUGGAAAUUCGAUUUUAUUUUGUAUGUACCAUUAUAAAUAUGUCAAUACUAUUUGCACAUAUUGAUUUUAUUGUAGUUGUAACCUGAGGUCUAGAAAUAUUACUGCUGAAAAGACCUAUAGGUGUAAUUCUGGAUGAUUUAAACUGCAUCUUUAAAAUAUGUAUUGUAAUUUUUUUUUUUUUUAAAGCGUUCUUGAUUAAAUUCUUGCUACUUGAACUUAUAGUGUUCUUUUUCACGAUUGCCUAUGCACUAACUGUUUAUAUUACAAAACUAAUGUAAAUCUUUCACAUGAGUAGCAGGGUUUAAUUAACAAAUAUUAUUCAUUAUAUUUCACUGUUUUGUUUUUUUUUUGUUUUUUUUUAAUUUAAAUGUUAGUACCAAUUUGAUAUAAAGAUAUUCUUCUUAAAAUGAUUUUGAAUUCCGUAAUAAAUUGGUCUCUUUACAACAUCAGUUCAACUACUAAUAAGUUGUUUUAUUGUACUGUACUAUGUUUGGGACACAAAACACUUUGUAAGUGUGUGUAUAUAGGGAAAUUGUAGAGAACAUAACAUUCAACUAUAUAUUUUUACGAUUUGUACAGUGAGUGAUUGAAGCAUACACAUAUUUGAAAUAGGACACGUUUGAAAGGUACAGAUCAUUAAAUGAACAAAACAACCUGUAAAUCUCCCAUUCAGAUCGGACUGUAUUUAGCCCUUUUUUUUGUCUCACUCAUAAGAUGUCUCAGACUAAAUUGGGCAGAGGGUUGUAAAGGUUAGAAGCAGCGUUGUUUUAAAUGUGUGGGAAGCCAGUUUUAUGUUCUCUCUAGUUUGUUUAAAAAAACUGAAUAGGCCGUCAAAACGAGGGAGGGGUAAUUUAAGGUGACAUGUCAAAGGCUGUCCAGAAGGCGCUAGAGGAUUAAACAUCCCACUUUGAAUCUCUUCAGGUCCCUGGUCAUCAUGCUAUAAAAACUCCAAGUGGAGCAUAUCUUAUCAGUAGAGAAGACUGAAAUUCCCCACAUUUUUAUUGUAAAAUUAUUUUCGGUGUAUUGAUUUGCAUAACCAUUCCAUUAUGUGAGUGAGCAGGCCCAGUGUCAUGUUUGAUCGUGAUUUUUAGGUUUAUAAAGUCGUUUUCUGAGAUUUUAAGUUGCUCGUUGAUGCCUUUUGGUUUUAGGUCUGUGUGUUCUGUUUGUACCACCAGCUUACUCCUUUAGACUUUUCUAAGUCUCAACGGCACUAGUAACUUCAGACAUGUGGUAAUGUGUUGUUAUUCAUGUUUUGGGCAGCAUCACUCGCCUGUCAAAAUUUUAGAAUAAUUAACUGGGAUCUGAAAACUUCUAUUUAAAGAAAAAAUGAAAAAAAUAAAAAUAAAUGUAUACCUAGAUUUGUGUUCAAUGAUACUGCACCUGUUAAUGUUGAUCAGAUUCUUUGAGGCGCUUGGGAUUUAAUUCAGUGUUAACCCUGACACCAGAUUUUCACAUACCGUAAAAUCUUGCUGUCUCUUGGACGGCAGGGUAUAAAUGGAAUCUGGAAAUUAUAGGUCUUAGUUUUGACAUGCAAAUUGUAGGAUAGGAGCUUUAAUAAUUGACACUUUUGAAAACAGGAUUCGGUAAAUCAUGGGUAGAUGAGAUCAUGAGUUGAGGGGAGGCCGUGCUGCCAACCUUGACCUCAGUGUAUGUUCACACAGGGCAAACAUUCAUAUCGCCUCAAGUCUUAUGUACUUUCCAUUUUAUGACAAAUAUAUCAAAACACUUUUUGAAAAAUCACUGAUGUACUUGGGUUUUAACCUGCUCUAAUUUAACACAUAUUUUGUCACAAUUUUUUUUUUUAAAUUUAUUAAUCACUCUGCCACACCAAUUCUCUCGCACACCUCUGUUUAGCCACAUAUGUAUAUAGCCAACCACACACAACUAUUUAACUCUCGCCUACACUGACAUGCAUAUUUUGUGGUCCCCCUACAGCUCACAGUCACGCAGGUGUCACUAUUGAAGAGAUAAGUAGGGGCACCCGCUUCUUGUGGUGCAUGAGUAUGUAAAAUAAUGUCCUACCCUGAUGAUGUCUCUAUGUUCCAAUCAUUUAACCUGUGGCUGGCAUCGCCUCCAUCUUGCCACCCUUAUAUUGGGUAAAGUCUUUCACAGCACAAAGCACUGAACAUGUUUUUUUUAAAGCACAUUUGAUCACUUCUGGCUAAAUAAUCUUUCUUCAUCUUCUCUUAUACCAUCCAUGUUAUGGCCUAAUGAUGCAGCAGAAUUAAGCUAGAUAAUAAAAAUUUUUUUUUAAAAAUCACUAACUUCACUACCCAAUGCUUUUUGCUUUUUAUUUUCCCCCGUUAUUUUUUUAUUUUUUUUUGGUUUGUUGGGAAAAAAAAGAAACUGAUUAAAGUGAAAGUAUUAGUAUAACAUAUUGAACAUCUGGACGAACUGAGUAAAAUCCCCAAAUAUUAGCACAACAAAGUAAUUAUACCAUUUGUAACUUAAAAGCACCUCAGAUUUAGCUGCUGUUGAGAAUUCUAAUGCUGAUUCCGGCAAUGUCCCCUCAAUUUGCAGUUUAAAGUCAGAUGCUAUGAGAGAAUAUAGUUUGUUCAAGGAAGCUGAUUUCUGGUCACUUGCAAUACAUUUAGUAUUCUCAUCACUUGUGCAGUCCCUUUAUAAUGUGUUUUUUCACUAAUCAAUCAUUCCUGUCCUGACUCCCAACAUUUGUUUUUAAUUCUACAGUAAAAAUACAUUUAGAAUUGUAAUAACAGUACAUACGAUCUCCACAUAUACAAGACUGGAUUUGUUUUUCAUUUGUGGAUUGUUACAACGCAGUGUAAUUAUGAUUUUACAGUUUGUAUAGUGUUUUACAUAAACGUUUUGUUUUUCUGCAGAGCACUUAUCGCUACACACCCUACUAAACCAAAAUGACUCCGGCUCUCACCGAAACUGCUACACAAGGCCCUGAAGUCCACUUCUCCCCUUCCUUGGCCUUGCGGAGUCUGAGCCCAGAUAAUACACUGUGUGUGGAUAGUUCUAAGGCUGCGGAGCAAAUAAACUCUUCCAAAGCAAACCCCUCUACAUUGGCGUACACUGAUGCAGAGCAAUGUCUUCAGAAAAAUAUUACAAACUUGGACCAAGUUGGCUCCCAACCCUCUGCAAGUUAUCAUACUGUAUUCCUUUUCACGUCAAGUGCUGCUUUGAAUGCACAGAAUAAAGGCAGUCCUACAUAUAACAUGGAGGAAUGGGACUCAUGUAGACAGAGGUUCCAGAUGAAGAAAGACACACACUCUCUACACUCCGGAAUGUCCUCUCACCCGGAGAGAAAAGUCAAAAGGGAGCUCUUCCCCGGUAACAUGAGCCAGAUUUUAGCAGAUGUACCCAGAUUGUGGGAUAGAUCCGUGAAAGAGAAUCAAGACGUGGAUGAAUUGAAACAUCUGAACUAUAAAGCGAAUGGAAAAAAGGCAGAAAAGCUGCUUCCUUUUCCAUGUUCUAGUAGCUCCUCUUCCCCUGAUUUAUCUGGUUUUUCCAAUGUGGCAGAAGACACACCUGAUAAAGAAAGUGAAAUAAACACCCGCCUUCUACAUUGUCUGAAACGGCAACAAGUGAUCCUAAAUCGAGCAAAAAGAAAUCGCAAACGUCUGCAGUGCUUUCUGGCACAUCUUGCUGCCGAACACUGCAACCAGCAGGUAAAAUGUUUUGUAGAUCGCCAGAAGCAGAAUGUGGAGGUCCCUAGCACCUCUGUCAGAAACCAUAACAAUCACAUAUGCAAGGAUGCUGGAAACGCUUCGAAGGUCAUCGGCCAACAGGAUGUUAAAAAUGGCUUCAAUCGCUCCAUGGCAAGUGCGUUAAGAAAGUUCUCAGUGUCUUCAGUAGGGAUUAUGAGGCAUAUUGAGCAGGAACUGGAUUCUGAUGCUACAGAAAGCAGCUCUGAUGAAGACUGUAAUAAAAGUCCACCAAACGUUCACUAUAAAUGGUAGGUGUGACUUUAUUAUUAUUAAAGAGCUAUCAUUAGUGUUGAAUUCAUUACCAGAGUCUUUAUAUAUUCUCAUACCAUACAGAAUCCAGUACACUCAUUUACUCACUAAACACCAGCUUCAAAACUCACAAAAUGUUGUUUUUUCGUUUUGUUUUUUAAAUACCCGACUUAAAAAUAAUGGGGGUUUAGUUACAGUAUAUAAUCAUACAGUGCCAAUGUACCCCAUUUGUUUGGAAGGUCCUACUCUAACAAUCUAAUGCCUGCUCUUAUGAGAUUAACACACUUAUUUGGAAAGCCCAUUUUUCUGUGGCUUUCUGCAUUGCAAGGUCUAAUAGGGCCCUGGAAUUAGGUACCUGUGACAGGGAAGGGUGCAAAAUAUGCAUGUUUAGGUUAGUGCAGCCUCCGCACUAACCAGGCCCCUUGCCUAUCGGCAACAUGGGAGGAGGUGACAGCCUGUCACUUCCUCCCACAGAUACUGGAGCUGCGCAGGACAGAGCAUGCAGAGAGGAGGGUACCAUGGGCGCUGACCUGGAACCUAACUCCCAACCACCCCAGCCUUCACACUGGACCCCAAGGCAGCCACCCUCCUAAACCCAAAAAGGUAGGACAUUGGAGUGUGGCUGUAAAAGAUUACAUUUUGCGUUGUGUCUGUGUGUGUGCGUGUCAGUAUAUCUUUGUCAGUAAAUCUUUCAGUAUAUGUGUCUGUGUGUAUAUGUCAGUGUGUCUGUCAGUAUGUGUCUGUAUCUGUUUGUCGUGUGUAUCUGUAUGUUGUCAGUGUAUGUGUCAAUGUGUCUGCAGGUGUGUCAAUGUUUGUAUCUUUGUAUCAGGCUGUGUGUUUGUUUGUCUGCAUGUGUGUCAGUGUGUAUAUCGUGUUUUUAUCUGUGUCAGUGUGUGUAUAUGUGUCUGUAUAUCUGCAUGUAUGUCAGUAUGUCUGUGUAGCUGUAUGUUUUUCACUGUGUUUGUAUCUGUGUGUGUGUAUGUGUAUCACAGUGUAUGUUUGACAGUGUAUGUUUAUCUCAAAAUGUAAACAACACUGCACACAAAUACACCCCUGAAUUCAAACACCAACACUACACACAAGUACACCCCGGAAUUAGAAGUUCAACACUAUAUACAAACACAUCUGUGUUAAACACCCAAAUUGUAUAUAAAUAUACUCCAAACCAACACUACACAUAAAUGCAUGCUUGAAUGUAAAUGCCAACACUACAUACAAACACAUGCUUACAUUCACAUACUCCAUGCAAAAACAUGUUUACGUUAAAACACCUAAACACUGCUCAGUGCCAAAUACAACCCUGCAAGCAUAGAAAAAUGGUAGAGCCCCAGCUAUCAAAGCAUUGUUGGAGUUGUACGCCAGAUGGGGACCUACUUUUUGCCCACCCUAGCGUUAACUGGCCCAAAAAACACUCUUCUUUAGUUCCGCCGCUUGGAGUGGUGGGCAUGAUUGGAUGCCAGGAAGUGAGGGGGCAGGCGGAGGGGCUCCAGGCGGCCCAAGAAAAUGAUUGUCCAGGGUUCUAUCAAUAUUAAAGAUGGCCCUGGUUUUUCUUUGGGUGUAUAGGACAAAAAACAGCUUACAAAAGCUUCUGGCUGCCUCCUUUGCAGCAACCCCCUCUUUACCCCAACACACUUUCAGUUAUUGUCAAGGAUUACAUCUACAAUUGAGAUUCCUCUGUGCAUGGCUUUCCAGUGCUUCUAAAUGAGCUGUAAUACAGCCCAUUGAGAAGUAGCAAAAUCAAUCUCACUCUAGCUUACUGCACCUAUCACUUCCAUUAGCUCUGUGACACUAACAGAAGGGGAAGAACAUAUCCCUGGCUUUCUGAGUGACCGCUAGGUAGGCAUUACCGCUACCAGGUGUAAAAAUGCCAACUUCUAAUAAAAUCAGAACUGUUAAAAACUGUCAAGAAAAAUGACUUGUUCUAGGCGCCUAAAGCUUGCUGAAGUGUUAUAUGUGUCUGGAGUGUUCUUUUAACAAAUUAAUAUAUUGUAUGAAGUACUGUUUGCAGCAGUUACACAGGAAGUUGAUUGAAACAACAGGAAGUUGAUUGAAAAUAUCUUGUUCGAUCCAAGUGAGUCAUUUUAGAAUAAAUAAUGAACAGGAAGAAGCAUAUAUAUAAUUCUAUCUGUACCCGUCCCCUGCUGUAUAUUGCUAAUUAUAACAUUUUAUUUACCAAUCUCACCACCUGUUGAUUUUCUUCUGGGAAAACAUAAUCCUGGACUUGCAGGCGGAUUCAGACUUAAAGACCGAUAGCUUUGUACCUUUCUGCUUUCAUUACAGUGAAUAAAGCCAGCAGAAAAUGGCUUGUGUUACUCCUGGUGAGAUUACAGAAUUAAAUUGCUCUUCACGGAAUUGAUUUAGAGCUCCGUUUGAAAAUGAAAUGUGAUGCGCUUUUUAUACCCCCCCCUCCCCCCUCCUCUCUUCUCUCCACAAAGUGAGAAACCUGUAAUCAUUCUGUUUACGUUAAUCCAGAAAAAGUUUUAGAGAAGAGUUUGGGUUGGUUCCCUGGUCUGAAAUCUGAUGCACUGGCACUGCUGAGCCCAGCUGCUUUGCAAUCCACCCCCGUGCUCACAAUCUUGCAAUAUGAUUUCCGAUGUGCACAAUUUGACCACUGUGGCAAGUUCUGGCCUGCAUGUAGUCAUGGCUUAUUAAACAAAGUUCGCUUAGCACAGCAGAAUCCAUAAAGCAAACAACCUCCUGCGUGCUUUAACUGCCUAAAAGUCCUUGUGAUGAGCUAGAAUAUUUCUGGAGUAAUGAUCUGUUUAUUUAUUGAGUCCGAUAUGUUGAAUCUGUGCUCUUUCUAAAUGACGUAUUAACCCCAACAAUUAAUUCCUGCCUUCUAUAGUACUGCAGGAGUUAAAAUAACAUUUUUGAUGUUUUUAGUUUAGUUUUUAGUUUUUUACAGUCUUGUUGAUAAACAAAACCAUGUUAAACAGGAGGACAUUUCACAGCAACUGCUUAUAUUAUAGUACAAUUUAUAGGUUUAUUAAUUUAUUUUAGCAUAAUUUAUUAUACGGACAGCUCCAACUUUCUCUUUUUGAACUCAAAAAGCAUUUUGCUUCAUAUGUGAACAUAUCUGCCCCUUUCUUAAGCAAGAUGCUACCAAGGAGCUUGUCCAUGCUCUAGUAGUUUCCCGCAUGGAUUAUUGUAACCCUCUCCUAAUUGGUCUUCCCACUGCUACAGUCUGUAAUAAAUGCUGCUGCCAGACUGAUUUUCCUCUCUAGUCUGUCCUUUCACACCUAGGAGUCAAUUCAAAGUGCUAACCCAUAUAUAAAGCACUGAACAAUUCUAUCCCCUCUAAUAUCUCUUCACAGAUCCAUAGGUAUGCCCCUUCUCGGUCUCUCCGCUCUGCCCAUGACCUUCUCCUGUCCGCUGCUUGCACCCGUAUGGCCAACUCAUGCUUGCAGGACUUCUAGUUAAAUCCCCCCUUUCAUAAUAUUGUAAAGCGCUACGGAAUCUGUUGGCGCUAUAUCAAUGGCAAUAAUAAUACUAACUCAAUAACAUAAAUUAUUAUUCUAAAUGCAUAAAAUGUUUAAAUUACACUAAACCUUUUAUUUCCCAUCUAGAUAAGUUAGUGUGUAAAUGUAUUAUCUGGUUAGCAACAGAGAUAAAAUAAAUUAAAGUGAUCCUAUAGUGCCAGGAAAACAAAGCAAUUUUCCUGGCACUAUAGGUUUAAUAGGUCCCUCCCUCCCUUGGGGCCCCCCUCCUGCGGGGCUGAAGGGGUUAAAAAUCCUUCAGCCACUUACCUGAAUCCAGCGCUGAUGUCCCUCGGCGCAAGGUCAAGCUCUGCCCGUGCUCCUUCCCGCCAACGUCAGCUGGCGGGAAAGACCUAAUGCGCAUCUGCGGCAAUGGCCGUGCACGCAUUAGACCUCCUCAUAGGAAAGCAUUAUUCAAUGCAAAAAUCCCAAAGUCCGUUUGGAUUCCGGAAGCUCCCCCAGUGGCUGUCUGGUAGACAGCCACUGGGGGCAGUCUUAGAGCAGCACACAGACUACUUCAAUUAGAUGAAGUGGUCUGGGUGCCUACAGUGUCCCUUUAAUAAUUCUAUAAACGGAGAACACAAUCACCCAGUAUGUAAUUAAGCUUGUUUUGAUUGUAUGUUUACUGGUUAGGACCAAUUCAGGUUUUUUUUUUUAUAUAUAUAUAUAUAUAUUGGUAGUGGGUGAUUAUUAAUAAAAUUCUAUCCAAAAACCCUAAUACAAUAUGUCAAAUAUACAAGCAUCUAGCAUCACCUUUGUAUUCCUUUUAUUUAUUUAUUUUUUGCAGUAUUUAAUAUCUUUUAAUUAGUAGAUUGUUAGCUAAUUUGAGCAGGGAUUUUUUUUUUUGUUUGGCAGGGAUAUUGUGUUGGUUUGGGUGUCCAGUGGUCGUUUAUUUGUUUACGUUGUGGUAGAUGUUGGCCAAAGGGAUUGGGGAGAAGCGGGGGGGGGUAGUGCAGUUGUCCUCCAGCGCAUACGGGGAGCGGGGUCUGUUUUCCUCCGUUCAUGUAUGUGGUUGGGGGGAGGGGAGUGUUGUUGGUUGAAUGCAAUGUCUGGCGUAGGUGUCGUGUUUUGGGGUCCUCUUUUGGUGUUAUCCCCCUGCUAGGUUGGUGUUUUUCUAUUAGUUGGGAUGUGUGAGCAGGGCUUUUUACAUUUUUGUCUCUGUUAAUAUUUUUUCGUCCGUUACUUGUUGUAAAAUAUCGCAAUUCUUUAAUUGUAAAGCACUGCGGAAUAUGUUGGCGCUAUAUUCAUUUUAAUAAUAUUGGACGGAUUUUUACUGUAAGCAGGUUGAUCCUUCCUUGCAAGUGUUGCCCCAUAACGGUGAUCGUUUGACAUGUUGAACAGCAAAAAGCACAUUUUUGUUUUGAUGGUGUGUUUCUGACUUAGAGUCUCAGAGAGACUUGUGACACUUGAACAUUUAUUCAUGCAGCAUGUUUUUUUAAAUAAUUGGACUCUGAGGCCGCAUUAUACGUUUUGCUAAUGUAUUAAUUCCCAGCUGUGAGCUAGGCUGUGUAAAUUGCUGUGCCAUGGAAAUUUAACGUUAUCUUUCUGUACGCAGCUGGAUAUAGUGAUCUGUUAUCAAAAGCAAAGGCUUAUUGUGCUAUUUUCUCAGCAGUAUGUCCUUUCUGAUUGCCCCACAUUGAGACCGCAUAAGAUUUAAACCUGAUUUUAAUGCAAUAGGUGGUUUCUUGUUAAUGCGGUAUAUAGCAGUCAGUGAUUUAAAAUGUGUAAUGUAAUGUAACUUUAUACUCCUGUAAAUAAAGGAUUAGCUAAAGCUAUAGCAUUUUACAAAAAAUGAGAUUUUCACAUUUAGUAAUUUAAUCCUUACUGGUCCUAUCUGAUAAUGAGUACUAGAAAUGUACUUCUAAGGAAAAUGAAACACAGUCUUAUAGAUCCAUCGUUAAACUAAUUGUGAUAUAUAUAUAUAUAUAUAUAUAUAUAUAUAUAUAUUUUUUUUAUUUUUUUUAUUAACUCCUUCUGGCUAAUUAUUAUUAUCACAAACGUGUUUAUGUUUUAGAUUAGGAUACCUUUAGCAUUUCAUUAGGGGCAUUUUGACACUUUAUAUUUUUAAAAUCAGCAGUUGCAUGAACAGUUCUCAAAUGACCCUACUAAGAUAUCAUGUGUUCCCUAGUAUGAUAUGUAAGUCUUACUAUCUACAAAAUUAUCUAAAUUACCAAUACUUUUUUUAUUUUUUUAGUUAUUGAUUUUCAUUCUUAAAUGAUUUAAAGGGGAUACUAUAGUCACCAUAACAACUACAGAUUAUUGUAAUUUUGGUGAGUUGAAUCAUUCCCUUCAGGCUUUUUGCAGUAAACACAGACUUUUCAGAGAAAAUGCAGUGUUUACAUUACAGCCUAGUGAUACCUUCACUGGCCACUCCUCAGGCGCUUCCUGGGGCAGUGCUGCACACUUUGCAUGCAGACACUGAACCUUCCUCAUAGAGAUACAUAGAUUCAAUUCAUCCCUAUGAGGAGAUGCUAAUUAGUCAGGGCUGUGUUUGGCUCUGCCCCUGAUUUGUCUCCUUGACAGUCUCAGCCAGGCCUAUGGGGAAGCAUUGUGAUUGGCUCAAACCACCACUUCUGAUGAUGUCAGCAGACAGAGGCAUAGGCAGCAGCUGCAGUCUUGAACACAAGUAAGAUUUUACUAUAUUUAGGGAGGCAAGGGCGGCCACAAGGGCUAGAUGGUUGUUUUAACACUAUCAGGAAUACACUAUAGGGUCAGGAAUCCUUUAAUCUUCUAGGGUUAAUAAUAAAUAAUAUUUAUUUUAAACCAUUGUGUGCCCCUUGUGUGAUUAUUCCGCCUCCCUCCCCUUUUCAUAAAACAAAGUGCCAGAACAAUCUGCUCUUGGCAGCAAGCUCAUCUAAAUCCUGUUGUGGUGAUCUUGUUCAAUCCAAUGCUUCUCAUAAAUAUGGUGUGUUCUCCACAGUCUUACAUUGCCAGAGAAAAUGGACAGACAAGGUCUAUGCACCAAAACCACUUCAUUACUUUUUUUUAAAUUUCUGUUUGUGAGAUGGGUGAAUUUUAGAAUAUUCAAUUUGUCUGUUGUCAUUUUUUUCAUUACUUUAUAAUGCCUAAAUCUAGAUUACUCAUUGUACAACCUUCUAGUAUGUUAUAUUUGCACAAAUAAAAUAAAAUAGAUGAAAUUAAGAGAAAUAAAAUCCUGCCGUGUGUGUUUUAGUUACAGAGGAGUACUGUUUAUACUCUGGAGAUGCUAUAUGUACAGCUCUUUCUGUCUUCUAUUCCUUUGAGGGGAACAGAAGAGAAAGACAGGCAAUGUUUAUAAACCUUGACAUUGCUAUGUGAGCAUGUUGCAGUGAUCGCAUGCUUACAAAUGUCAAUGAAUGGUUAUAUAUAAUAGUAUUCUGCCUUUAUAGGGAAUAUAAUCGUAUUCAUAUAUUGAGCUAAUAAAUGUAUAGAUGAAAAGUGAUUCAUGAAAUUACAUUUUCGUAUAGUAUCUACAGCUGUGUAAUCUGCAAAGUGUUAAAAAAUACUCACAUUACCACAUCUCCAUGCUGAAUUAUCCCACCACCACGUUUGUCUUGUGAAUUGUUUGAUGUUGCACAUUCCCUAGGACUGUCCCAAAUUUUAUGGUGCAGACUUGUAUACUGUGCCCAACUAAUUUGAGCAUGGCCCUCAUUUUCUCUUGUCCCUAUUAGUCAAAUUUGUGUCGUUGCACUUACUAUUAUGUCUCAUCCAUCCAUUGUACUGUAAUGCUGUGCAGUUUUAGAAAUAUUGAAAACAUACUAGAACUUUCUUAUUUUUUUGUAUAACCAAGAAUGAUCUUUCUCCCGCCAGGUACUGUUUGUAUUUAUUAUUAUGUUAUUAUUUAUAUAGCGCCAACAAAUUUUGCAGCGCUUUACAGUGGAUGGACGAACAAACAUGUAGUUGUAACCAGACAAGUUGGACACACAGGAACAGAGGGGUUGAGGGCACUACUCAAUGAGCUUACAUGCUCCAGGGAGUGGGGUAAAGUGACACAAAAGGUAAGGAUAGUAUUAGACUAGUGACAGUUGCAAAAGAGGAAUCAGUCAGGAGCUAUUAACAGUUUAAUUGAUACGUUUUUAUGAAGAAGUGGGUUUUUAAUGAUUUUUUUGAAGGAGUGGAGACUGGGUGAGCAUCUACGGAGGAGGGAAGCGAGUUCCACAGGAACAGUGCAGCCCUCGAGAAAUCUUGAAGGCGAGCAUCAGAGGUGAGAGUACGGACAGAAGAUAGACGUAAGUCUUCAGCAGAGCGUAAGGGCCUAGAUGGGACAUACUUGUGUGUGUAUUACAGAGGAUAGAUCGGUGGGAACAGCAUUAUGUAGAGAUUUGCAAAAAACAGAGCUGUAUAUACUAUACAGAAAUAGGGCGCCACUUAUCACCAGAUAUAUAUACUGAAUAUAGUUACCCUCCAACGAGCAGAUGAGGAUAUUCACAUAAAAGAUAUAAAAAGAGAAAACAUCAUAGUGCAAACUUUUAAUCCAAAAUGAUAAAAAAAUAUAUAAAUAAAAACACUCACAAACAGUGUGGCACAAUUGAUAAAAUCAAUAUGUGCUAAAGUGCUGAUGCCUAUAAUAGGCUAAAUCUCCCGGUCUUAGCAGUCUGUGGGCGUCUGUGUAGAGGCUGUAGCAAAGACAGAUGAAACAGUUCACCAUCAGCUGAUCCAAGUCCCAGGUUUGCUCAACGCGUUUCGUCUGUGCUUAAUCAGACUUCCUCAGGAGCGAUCCAUAAUCUUCUCUAACCGGCAUUUAAAUAUGCCGGGCGGCGUUCUUUCUGUGCAAUUGCGCAUGCGCGCGGGCGCCGGCGUGAUGACAUACCAUUCGCCGGCGUCCGACGUGCAUGUGCGUUCCACCGUGGAACGCAUGCAAAAAACUUUAUUAAUCUAAGCAACACUAACAAAACUGGAACUUGUCAAGAACGAAACCAGUGUGUUCCGAUGCUAUUAUAUGUUGAAUGCAUAUAUAGAGAAGAUUCAAAAAUAACAUAUGAUGUGAAUGUAUAUAACAUAAAUAUAAAAAUGAAUAUAUACAACAAUGGAUAAAAUGAAAAAGAAGAGAUAUAUAUAUAUAUAUGUAUAUAUGUGCUUGUAUGCAUGUAAAAAUAAUAUGUGAAUCCAACAUAUUACAUUAAAUCAAGAUAAUUUCAAUUCAUAUAUAUGCAACAGUAAUAAUAAUGAUAUAUAGAUAUUUUAAACUAACAUAGUUCAGGCAAACCAUUAUUUUAGACAGAGCAUAAUUUUAAACAGGACAUAAUUUUGAACAGAGCCUAAUUUUACAAGGGCAUGAUUAUAAAAAUACAUAAUGAUAAAAACAUCAUCAUAAAAUACCAUAGUUUUAAACAGUUUAGAAUUGUUUUAAACUAAUAUGGCUCUCCAAAGCAACAAAAUUCUGUUGAGAAUAUUAAAAAUACUAAAAAGUAUUCAAAUUGAAAAAUAACUCAAUUGGGGACGAAUAUACAAUAAAGAGAAAAAAAAAAGGAAUAAAAAAGAGAGGAAACAAGUUAAUAAUUCUCCAAUCAAUCAUAUAAUCAAUAUAAAAUAUAAAAUAUAUAUAAUCAAAUAUAGACCAAUGUGCCAUUAAAAUCAGAAUAAGUGUAAAAACAUGUCAUCUUGGUGGAAUUAGUCCAUAAACACUAAAAUAUCCAGAUCUGUAUUAAGACCGUCUGGAACAGAAGUUUUUAAUUUAUAAAUCCAUUCUGUUUCUUUCAUAGCCAGACGUUUUUCUAUGUCUCCCCCUCUCCAAUGGGGGCUGACCCGGUCAAUACCGAUACAGCAAAAAAUUUCUAUUUUAAAAUCUUUACAGUUAUUACAGUGUCUUGGUACACUAUGUUUUAUACUUUUUCUUCUAAUUCCACCAAAAUGUUCCAACAAUCUUAUGUGCAAUGUUCUUAUUGUGCGGCCUAUAUAUUGUAUGCCACAUUUACACUGUAGCAGAUAGAUAACAUGUUUACUUUGACAAUUUAUAAAAUGUUUAAUAAUAAAAGACUCCCCUGUAAUGGUGCUCUUAAAAUCAAGUGUUUUAUACGAUUGGUAUUUACAAGUGCUGCAUCUGCCGCACUUAUAAAAUCCUUUUGGUUUUUCUCUCAAAAAAUUGCUUUUAGAGUUAUCUAAUUCACUAUUGCUCUUAAUCCCUGAUAGAACACUAGGAGCUAAAAUAGAUUUUAAAUUCUCAGGUUUUUUAUAUAUUAUCCGAGGCUUUUUAGGUAAAACAUUUUUUAAAAAUUCAUCUUGGUUUAAAAUAGGCCAGUAUUUCAUGAUUAUUUUUUCAAUUUGGUGUGCCUUGUUAUUAUAUUUCGUUAUGAAGGCUGUAUUAAAAUCUUUAUUUCCUUCUUUCUUCUUUUUUCCUUUUAAGAGAUCCUUCCUAUUAUAUUUUUCUACUUGUUUUUGUGAUUCAUAAACCAAGUUUGUCGGAUAAUUCCUGUUUUUAAAUUUCUUAUUUAAAAUCCCUACUUGAUUUUCAAAGUCACCUUUUUCAGUACAAUUCCUAUAUAUUCUCAUUUGUUGUCCUUUGGGUAUAUUUUUAAGCCAAUUUGGGUGAUGGCAACUGGAAAACUCAAUAAAACUGUUACCAUCAGUGGGUUUAAAAAAAGCUUUACUUUGUACUCGUCCGUCCUUAAUAAAAAAAGUUAAAUCUAAAAAAUUAAUAUUCAAUGAGUUAAUUUCUGCUGUAAAAACCAGAUUAUAAGAAUUAGAAUUAAUAUAUUUUAAAAAAUCUUCUGAAAGAGUUUUUGGUCCCUUCCAUAUAAUAAGAACAUCAUCUAUAUAACGUCUCCAUAGCACCAGGUUUGCGCCGAAGGGAUUAUUUUUCCAAAUGUUCUUCAUUUCCCAAUUCGCGACAAAAAUGUUUGCGUAACUCGGCGCAAACCUGGUGCCCAUGGCUGUACCACAAGUUUGGAGAUAAUAUUUAUCAUCAAACCAAAAAAAGUUGUGAUAGAGAAUAAAUUCAGUGGCGUCCAAUAUAAAAUCUGCUUGUAGAUUGUUCAUACUUUGAUUUUCAUAAAGAACUUCUUUUACUGCUUGUAUACCUUUUGAAUGAUCAAUAACCGUAUACAAGGAGGCCACAUCAACUGUUGCCCAUAAAAAAUCAUUUUGCCAAUCAAAAUUCUCAAGUUCUGAUAUUAUUUGUGCAGAGUCUUUAACAUAAGACGGAGUUUUAUUGACAAACUGUUGCAGAAAAAAAUCAACAUAUUGAGAAAUAUUACUGGUUAAAGAUCCAAUACCACUGAUUAUUGGCCUUCCAGGGGGAUUUUCCAAUCUCUUGUGGAUCUUUGGCAGAUAAUAAAAAACUGCCAUUCUUGGAGAUUUUACAAAUAGGUAAUCUAAUUCAUCUUUAUUUAUUACUUUAUUUUCGAAACCUUUAUUUAAUAAUUCCAAAAACUGUUUUUUAAAAUUUUCUAUAGGAUUUCCAUUUAAAAUCUUAUAUGUAGUAUUAUCUCCCAGAAUUCGCAUAGAUUCUUGCAUAUAAUCUUCUCGAUUUAAUAUAACUAUGCCGCCCCCUUUAUCGGCCUGUUUGAUUACUAGAUUGGGGUCAUUUUUUAAUUGUUUCAAUGCCAUUUUUUCUUUUUUAGAAAGAUUUUCUUUCCCAUCAUUUCUCGUUAAUUUUUCGAAUUCUGAUGAGAUCAUACUACUAAAAACUGGUAUAAAGUCUCCUUUUUCCCACGUGGGAAAAAAUUUAGAUCUAUGUUUCAAAUUUGUAUGUGUUAUUAGAUUAUCAUCUUGAUUAGAUUCUAUGUUUUUUCCUAUAUUAGUUAUUCCCAAACUUCCCAUAUCACUAUUUUUUUUCUUUUUUUCGAGAAACGUUUUAAAGUCAACUUUCUUAAAAACUUCUGAGAAUCUAUAAAUAAUUCAAAUGAAUUGGGACCUCUUUGUGGGGCAAAUUUUAACCCUUUAUUUAAUAAUCUCAACUGUUCUUUACUUAAAAUUUGACUAGAAAGAUUAAAAAUGCCCUCAUCGCCUGUAUCUUUAUUUAAUCUGAUAUUUUGUCCUCCUCUAAUUCCUCUAUUCCUCCUAUUGCUCCCAAAAGCUUUCUUUUCUUUGUGGGGGUAUGGGUGUUCUGAAGGGGAGCAAAACGAUUCUUGUGAGACCAUACAUUUUCUUUUUCUUUCCACAUUGUCUGGCCUUUGUCCCGUAUGCCUUUCCCUAAAAAAUCUCUCUUUUGGGUAGGGCUAUUUCUAAAAUUUCGCCUUGAAUCAUAUUUUUCAGUAUAUGUCGAAUAUUCUUUUCGUCUGACACUCGUUUCAUCCCUUUUCUGUUCUCUUUUCUGUUCUUUAGGGAUGAACUUUAUAUUAUCAUAUUUAUUAAUUUCAUUUCUCUCUCCUUUCUUAUUAAAAAAUGGUUUUCUUUCUGUAUAAAAUUUAUUAAACUUAUAGGUCUUAUUUUUCCAAUUUCUUUGUUUACCAUUUUUAUAAUCAUCUUUAUCUCUAUUUAGUUUGCCUUCUUUUGUAAUUACAAUUUUCUCUUCUAAUUUCUCAAUUUUUUCAUUAAGUUGUAUAGUAUUUUCCUUAAUUUGUUCCUCAUUAUAUUCUACAUUAAUUUCAGUUUCAAUCUGUUUUAACUCAUUUUCUACUUGACUCAUUGCUUCUUGUUGGUAUUUAACCAAAAUUUCCAUUAAUUGCAAGGAGCAUUUAUCAAGAGUUUUAUUCCAUUCUGACAUGAAAUUCUCAUUUUCUUUACCAAAAGCGGGUUGCUUUUCUAACCUUAAUCCUCUUGGUAUAAUCCCAAGUUGGAUAUACUGUUGUAGAUAUUUUAUCUCCCACCAUUUUUUGACUUCUUUUUCAGCAAGUCUUUCUAAUCUCUGAAACAAGAAAGUCUUAUUUGGGACUUGGCUUAUCUCUUUCCUAGAGAACAAAUUUUCAAAUUUUUUAUUUCUUGCUUCUCUAAUAGUAGUAUUCAUUAAUCUACAGUAAGCCAUAUUUAUAAUAUUCUUAAAUAAAUACAAUCAGGUUCUCAAAAUAUACGGACCAGUCUCUCAAUAUCCUUAGGAGUGCAGAAAUUAUACUAGAAACAGUAUAACAGAUACACAAAACAGAGAGUGGAUGGUGAAAAGAACUGACCGUUUAGGAAGUGCAGGCAAGCCACUAUAUAUGGGGAUGCACUCCCUGUAUCCCUUAACCAAAUGUGCAAAAAACAGAGCUGUAUAUACUAUACAGAAAUAGGGCGCCACUUAUCACCAGAUAUAUAUACUGAAUAUAGUUACCCUCCAACGAGCAGAUGAGGAUAUUCACAUAAAAGAUAUAAAAAGAGAAAACACCAUAGUGCAAACUUUUAAUCCAAAAUGAUAAAAAAUAUAUAAAUAAAAACACUCACAAACAGUGUGGCACAAUUGAUAAAAUCAAUAUGUGCUAAAGUGUUGAUGCCUAUAAUAGGCUAAAUCUCCCGGUCUUAGCAGUCUGUGGGCGUCUGUGUAGAGGCUGUAGCAAAGACAGAUGAAACAGUUCACCAUCAGCUGAUCCAAGUCCCGGGUUUGCUCAACGCGUUUCGUCUGUGCUUAAUCAGACUUCCUCAGGAACGAUCCAUAAUCUUCUCUAACCAGCAUUUAAAUAUGCCGGGCGGCGUUCUUUCUGUGCAAUUGCGCAUGCGCGCGGGCGCCGGCGUGAUUACAUACCAUUCACCGGCGUCCGACGUGCAUGUGCGUUCCACCGUGGAACGCAUGCAAAAAACUUUAUUAAUCUAAGCAACACUAACAACACUGGAACUUGUCAUACUUGUGUGUGUAUUACAGAGGAUAGAUCGGUGGGAACAGCAUUAUGUAGAGAUUUGAAAGCAAGAACCAGAGUUUUAAAUUGAGCCCUAUAUCUUACAGGAAGCCAAUGUAGGGACUGACAGAAGGGCGAGGUGUGGGAGGUACGGGCGGACAGGAAGAUGAGCCUUGCCGCCGCAUUCAUUAAGGACUGUAACGGUGCAGGUUGGGAGCACGUAAGACCACUGAGAAGCGGAUUACAAUAGUCAAGGCGAGAAAGGACAGAGGAAUGGACCAGCACCUUAGUCACAUCUGGCAUUAGGGAGAUGGAAGCGGCAGGAUUUGGCGAUAGACUGAACAUUAGGCAUGAAGGAGAGGUCCGAGUCAAAGAGAACACCUAGGUAGCAGGCCUGUGUGGUGGAGCUGAUGGUAGCACCGUUGACUUGGAGGGAGACACACAGGAGUAGCAACACUUGAGUGAGGAAAGACCAGAAUUUCAGUUUUUCGUCAAGUUGCGUUUAAGGAAGUUGGCAGCCAUCCAGUUAGAAAUAGCAGAGAGUCAGUCAGAGACACUAGUCAAGAGGGACAGAGAGAGAUCAGGAGAGGAUAGAUAGACAGAUAAAUAAAUCAAAUGAACAUAAACAUUGAAAUGCUCUGUCAGUUGCUCCACUCCUAUAACUGGCUUGUCUCCGCUCCCAGUUGAACAAGGUGUUGCACUUGGGGUGGUCCACUGCUUCCACGAGCAGACAUCCAAUGGAACAGACAACACCUCUAUGUCUGAAUCUACAUAAAAGCAUCAUUUAAUUUAUUUAUAUUAUUCAUCUUGAAACGUACAUGCAAGUGCACAAAACACGUUUAUGUUUAAUCCUUACCCCAUCUAGCUCAAGCCUGCUGAAAAUAUGAGUUAUCUUUGUACUUUUUUGGGGUUGUGUAUUUUUUGAUUAAGAAGUUAUCAUUGGUGACGGUAUUUUAAGUGCACUGAAUGAAAUGAUGGGGGUUUUUUUUUUGUCAAUUCAUGAGAAUAGCACUUCUUUACUGCAUUAUGACAAUCAGUGUGGCAAAUAUGCUCCGAUUAUGUCAUGCAGGGUCAUAUUACACACACUUUAUUUUUCUUUCUAUCACAAGGAAAAUUUUGGACCAGGAAGGCAUUUUAACAGCUCUAGUACGUUUUCACACAAUUUAAAAACUGUUUGGUGAUUAGACCCGUUUCAAGCAUUUUUGACAGUAAAAAUGUUUUGGUGGUUUUACAUUAUAAACCUGAUCUAUAUUUAGUUAUUUGUGUAAUACACAGAUGUGUAAUCUAUUUUGUUUCAUACAAAUGCCUAACCACAAAAAAAUUAUACUUGGAUCGCAGUUUUCUUGGAAUUAAUUUCCUGUGUGGGUUUGCAGUUAGUACCACACCUGUUCUUUCUAGACAUAUCUCAAAUAUAAAAAAGGGAGUUAAAAACAGAUUAAUACGAGAUACAAUGGUAUGUAAAAAAAAGAAAUAAAAAAACCCCCAUAAUUUAAGUAUAUUUAUACAUUGUUGUAUAAAAUAUAAUCUUUAUUAUAAAUAAUUUAAAAUCUUCAAUUCACAUUUUAGCAUAUAAAUACAUCAAUAAUCGCAUAAACAAUAAAAUACAAAACCAAAAAUAACCGUAUCAAAAAGCAGUCUCAUGUCAAUUUAUCUGGUUUGUGCUUCUUUGAAGACAUACUUAUACUUUCUAGAAACACCCUAGACGUUCCACUGCCAUUUAUCUUCUCUUAGAUCCCAUAUCCUUAGUACAAUAAGAUUAGAACCUGCUUAGAAAAAGCAUUUCCAAAAUACAGAAAAGAAUUGAUGGUACACAUAAACACCAUUCCCUCAUGAAAUAAUAUACACAAAAAUAAAAACAAAUAGCAAUAGAUUAGUUUGCAGUGUGCAGCACUGCCCCAGGAAGCACCUCUAGUAGCCCUAUGAGGAAUGACCAGUGGAGAUAUCCCUAGGCUGUAAUGUAAACACUGCAUUUACUCUGAAAAGACAGUGUUUACUGCAAAAAGCCUGAAGGGAAUGAUUAUACUCAUCAGAACAAAUACAAUAAGCUGUAGUUGUUCUGGUGACUAUCCGGGGUCCCCGGAAAUCAGCCACGCCAUGAGGUGGAGGAGACCCCGAAGGAUCAGGGGGUGUAGGGUCCCAUCGGGGUCCCGUAGGAGAGAUUGGGAAUCCGGGAGGAGCCGCGUGUUAUCUAUAGCCAUCUCCAGUAGAGGAGGGAACCAGGGCAGCGCAGGUCAUAGGGGGGUUAUUAUAACCAUGCAGCCCAAUUGGCGCUGUAGAUGGAGGAGGCAACGAGGGAUGAGGGCAAAUGGAGGGAAUGCAUAGUUCCUGGUGGUUGACCAGUUUUGGGAGAAUGCAUUCAUAGCCGAAGCCGUAGGGUCUGGCCUCCAACUGAAGAAGGUCGGAAGUUGGGUAUUCAAGCGAGAGGAAAAUAAGUCUAUUGCCAGAGGACCCCACAGAUCCCAAAUGCGCUGGAAGAUUUGGGGAUUGAGGUGCCAGUCACUGGAAUCCCGCAGGUGGCGGGAGUACCAAUCUGCCGUAGUGUUGGACAACCCUGGCAAAUAUGCCGCCUUGACAGCCAUGUUGUGUUGCAGACAAAACUGCCAAAAGUCUCGAGCCAAAUUCGCUAGAAUUUUGGAUCUCGUGCCACCGAGGUGGUUGAUAUAACGGACAGCCGAUAUGUUGUCCAUCUUCAAUAAGAUUGAACACUGGGACAGUGUCGGGGAGAGGUUGCGAAUCGCAAAGGACCCUGCUAGGAGUUCUAGGCAAUUUAUAUGCAGCGUGGAUUCUGCUUCCGACCAUCGUCCGCCUGUGGAGAUAUCUCUGCAGCGCGCACCCCAACCGUAAGAGCUCGCGUCUGACUCUAUGACUACAUCUAGGGCCGAGCCGAAGAUGGCUCUGCCAUUCCACGCCUCCAUGUGUAGGAGCCACCAGUGGAGUUCUUUUUUCGCUUCUGCGUCUAGAGUCAGAGCAUCCUCAUUUGAGGCAUCGCCUCUGAGGUAUGACACCUGUAGGCGCUGGAGGGCUCUGUAAUGAAGGGGGCCCGGAAAUAUGGCCUGUAUGGAGGCUGCUAGGAGCCCGAUCACACGGGCCAGAUGUUUGAGAGAAAUUUGCGGAGAUGCAAGAACUCGUCUUAUCUCUUUCUUGAUAUUUCCUAGGAGUCCUAGGAGCUGUAUUUGUUGAUGGACUUUUCCCAAUUUAUAAUGAAGCCCAAAUUCUGUAGCAAGGUUGUGGUCCAACCGAGGUGAAUGUGAAGUAGUAAUACUGACUGGGAUAACAGCAGGAUGUCGUCUAAGUAUAUGAUUAGACGAAUCCCCCGACUGCGUAAGAGAGCGAUGACGGGCUUCAUGAGCUUGGUGAAACACCAAGGUGCAGAAGAGGGAAGGCAGCGGAACCGCCAUUUACUUCCUUGCCAUGUGAAUUGCAGGAAGUUUUGGUGCACCUGCGCAAUGGGUACCGUGAGGUAAGCGUCUCUUAGGUCGAGUUUGACCAUCCAGUCUGCUGGUUGGAGCAAAUCUCGUAGGCAAUGAAUGCCUUCCAUCUUGAAGUUAUGGUAGGUUACGUGGUUGUUUAAGUGUUUGAGAUUGAUAACUAGGCGGGAUCCACCCCCUUUUUGGGGGACAAUAAAUAGAUUGCUCACAAAACCCGGGGUAUGCAUCGGGAUUUCUUGAAUAGCACCUUUUGAGUGCCAAGUCUCGAACUUCCUCGGAGACGAGGGUCGUGUCUUGUGGGGAAAAAACAAUCUCCCUGGGUGGGGACCGUUGGAUAGGCAGGGAUACAAAGUCUAUUGAAUACCUGUCGACUGCCCUGAGUGUCCAGGCAUCUGAUGUAAUGAGAGCCCAGACAUGGGGAAAAAUUUGAGUCUGCCCCCUAUUGUCACAUGUGAAGAAAAUUGAGAAAGGUAGCUUACCUCUCGACACCCAAGGUCUGCCUUGUUGGGGGAAGAAGGUAGGAGCGGACCUUUGGUCGGGAAAGGGGGGUCUCCCCAUAUAGGAGCCUCGGUUCGGGCACGAACCUCUAUUGACUCUGCCGGACAGACGGCCCCUUGCUCUGCCGGCCCCAACAAAAACCUUUGGGUGGAACACCGUUUUACAUAUGAUUGUGCCUUGUCUAAGGCCGUGAAUUUCUGUACAUAGGAGCCCAGGUCUUUUACGAAGGACUCUCCAAAAAGGUACCCUUUUGCUUGGGCUCCUGGCUCAGUAAUUUACCAUAUUUACACGUUUGGGUUCUAUUUUAAUUAAGAUAGAUUUAUGCGCUCUGUAGCAAGAGCCGUAUUGGCAUUGCCUAUGAGGCAUAUCACUCUCUGAAUCCAACCUCUAAUAGUGAGGCGAUCUAAGGCUUCGUCUUGAGACAAGGAUUCCUCCACGGCUUCAAAAAAUUUGGUUGCUGGACCUAAAAUAUCCAAGACUUUGUCUUGGCAAUUAUAAAGGGAAAAGUCUAAACCAGUGGUAGUCAACCUUUUUCCACUUACCGCCCACUAAUGCAUCUUUCUUGAUGGAAAAAUUUCCUUACCGCCCACCAGAUUUCGCGCAAGCGCAGAAUAUUUUUUAGAAAGGAGGGUGUUUAAAAAAAUAAAUAAAUAAAUGUACGUACAUUUAUCUUUUUAUUUCUACUUUAUGCAUGUUUAUAAUGUUUUUAACUUUAUAAAGUUUAAUGAGGAAGCAAUAAAGUAGAUUGAAAUUACCUUUACUAGUGAUUAAUGAGAUCCUUGAGGUUGAUGCUGUGAACAAACGAAGGUCUCCUCUUUCGGUGAUAUUCAGAAGACUUCUCUGUUUGCUCAUAAAAUGAUUUCUCAUCUGUGCAUCAGCUCCCCUCCUCUCCCUCCUCAAUUCCCCUCCCCACCUUUUUUUUUUUCUUCCUUUUUUCUAUUUUUUAACCUUCCUUAUAACAAUGCCUAGUAGGCAGGCUGAGCUAGGUAGCCCGCUUACUAUUAUUAGUCAACAACAAUUCUCUCCUUUUCCUUUUCUUUCUUUCUCUACACCUUCUUUCUCUUAUUCUACAAGUACUCUGCACCUUCUUACUUCUUUUUACAAGUACUCUGCUCACAGACAAACACACACACACACACACACACACACACACAUACAUUUACAGACACACAGUCACAAACACUCACACAUACACUUACAGACACACACAGUAACAUAGAAACACAUACACACAAACAUACACAUACUCACACAUGCACUUACAGACUCUCACACAUACACAGACACACAUACACUAACAGAUACAGACACAAACACAUACAGAGACAAACACACAUACACUUACAGACACACACACACACAUAUACUUAGACACACACACAUAUACUUACAGACACACACACACACAUAUAUACUUACAGACACACACAUUUAUACUUACAGACACACACAUAUCUACUUAUUGACACACACAUACUUACAGACACACACACAUAUACUUACAGACACACACACACACACACAUAUACUUACUGACACACACAUAUACACACAAAUUAUUAAUAUUAAAUGUCCACCCAGCCUCCCUACCUAGAGAGCUGGUGUGGAUCUGUCCCUGGGGUCCAGUGUGGCUUCACUUCGGCGGGUGGCUGUGUGCUAAUCAGACGCGGCGAGGGAGCUCUAACCUCUUUGCACUGCUCCCUCGCGGGCUGUCUACUGAUGCCGGGAGCCGGAGGUACCAUUUAUUGGGCCUGCAUUAAUACUUGUGUAAAAUAUUUUGAAAUAGAGGAGGACAUAAUGUCCAUGGCGGAUGCCAGGGCUUUAGAUACAGACUUGGACACAUUAGUGUCAAAGAUAGCUUUGAUUUCCUCAGAUGCUGGGAAAUCCUCCUCAUCCCCAGAAACUAAAGGGGGGGGAAACCCAAUGAAGUUUGGGGUUCAGCUUGUGUCCCAAAGGGACCAGGCAAAUCAUUAGAUGAUUGCAUUAUGGUAAUUGAAAGAACAGACAGAAAAUUGCUAGUGGUGAAUUUAUUAGCAAAUGAUGGUAGAGCAGGGUUAAGUAACCCAGACAAAAUACUAACAUACAAUUCUGCAAGAAUAGAAUGGCAAAUACUGUUACUCACAGUCACUUAUCAAAAAACAAGGGGAAGCAGGAGAAAGGGGGAACCGUCCGCCACUGAAACUGGACACCAACUCCGACGGGAGGCGCAGUGGGCGUGUCAGGGGGAAAUGGGCGCAAAAACGCAGAAGAAAAUGUCCGCCGCAAAACAGACAUCGAAAAGAUGGCUGCCGCGGCUUCUGAAGGCUUCUGGUAGGAGCCGAGGUGCUUAUGGGGCUCUUAUAUGGGGCUAGGUGGAUGCGGCUGAGUUCACGCUCGGGCCGUUAAACCGAGCGCGGGCAAAGCAGCCGGAAUGCAAAAUGGCCGCCAGAGGCGUCCCUGACAGGAUGCGCAUGCGCAGCUGAGAGGGCGGUUCCAACAGCCGCGACAUCGGCAGUGUGCCACUGAAACUGGACACCAUGUGGAGAAACCUCCCCAGAACUUGCAGAGUCCUGGGGAGUAAUAAGCCUAAAACGAGUAGCAGGGAGAACUAAAGCCUAGAGAACAAAUACACUCUAGGUUUUUAAAUUCACAAUACAAACUGAAAAUAUAAUCUUAAAGGCAUAUAACCAUAGUUCAAAUAAUAAAUGUAACAGUAAGUUUAUAAAAUAAAGUAUAAGCUUAAUUUUUAAAAAUGUAAAGUGAUAUGUAUACAGAAAUAGUUAGCAUAUAAUAACAAAUAUUGAAUCUCUCAGCCAGGAGCUGUGAGAGUUGUACUUAUCGGAGGGCAAGCAGCAAAGAAAGAGGAAGUGGUCAUCGACGCUCCGCCUACUAUAGGAGAAGGAGGUCACUGAUUGGAUAGUCAUGUUACUAGGCGGACAUUGUCACUAUGAUGUUUAUACCUGUUUCAAAUUUAUUUUUUUUCAAAUAAUGUUUCCUUGCUGCUGAGGGAAUUAAAGAACGAGUGCAGCAUAAUAGGAGCCUCCGGGUCUUUAAUAAAAUCUUUGACUUUGUCGGUUAGUAACUUUCCUUGGGUAUGGGCAGUGUAAUGGCUGGUAACCCCAGCUGGCUCUCUGUAAAUUGGCAUAACAGCUAGACAGAGUUGAUGAAAGAAGCAGAUCCCCAAGGUCUCUGGCCUUUCUGUAGCUGAUCUUCAGCCAUAAUGUAAUAACCAGAUGAUUUCAGUGGUGCUCGUUGGCGUGAUCUUACCCAGGACUUCUCACACCUUUUGUCAAAUGUUCUUGCCUUAACAUCCUCCAGGUUUUGGCCUGCCAUUGUGUCACACAUAUAGUAGCAGACCGUCAAACAGCCAACAGCCUCCAUUGUGGGGCCCAGGACUCCUCAAUCAGUCCAAAGUGGGGAACAGGAGGCAUGAGAACAAAUUAUACUGCUAGGGAUCUCAGUAUGUUUUGAUAUGGCCCAUGGCCGCAAUCAGCUCCAAGGGCUCCAAACUUGAGUGAAAUUCAGUUGUCAGGCUUCCACCUGGUCACAGGUGACUUUAGUCAUUGAUCAAAAAUCUUUGAUUGGAACAAUUAUGUCCUGAUGAAGGUCUUUUGUUAGAACUUAAAAGUUGAUAUUUAUAUUCAAAGCUAAAUAAAAACUAGGUUUACUUUAUCUCCGCAAGAAGAGAUACAGUAGAACACAUUUUUAAGCGCCUUAUAACACAUUUUUAGUUGCCAUGUUUUUAUAAUGCUUUAGUGUUUCACAACCUAGCUAGGUGUUCACCUGCUCUAUGGCUGAGAUCACCAAUGUUGAUGAUCUCAUCUGAUGAUCUCAUCCAAUCCAAUGCUUCCCAAUAGGGAAGCAUUGGAAAGAUAAUGCACAUGCGCUGCAAAAUUCCUUGCUGCACCAAUCUAAUGCUCUCAAUGAGUCAUUUGUGCUAAAACCGUGUUUAGCUCUAUUUUAGCUGUGGAAGCACCUCUAGCAAAACGGCAGUGUUUUCAGUUGCAGGGUUAAAAUGACAGUGAAAUGCCACCCAGACCACUUCUUUGAGAUGAAAAGGUCUGGGUGCCUAUAGAGUCCCAUCAAAUGUCAUAAACAAGAAGUGAAGAAUUGAUGACUGUUGUACUUUAAUUUACGUUUGGUGCAGCAAACUUGUUUUGGUGCUCUUUUGUUUCAGUAGUUUUUGCAAGUUUGUCUUUGUGUGUGUGUGUGUUACUGAAAUAAUGACUCACGUCCUCUGUACUGGAAAACCGUGCACUCAGUGCUCUCAGACUGUAGUAAGAAAAACAUGCACACUCAUCCAAUUUAAUUAUACCAGAAUAUAAUAGAAGGCACUUUCAGUUAUAUUGAUGAUAUUAUAUAUUUGUGUGCUCUUCGAGUUUUUUUUUUUUUUUUUUUGUAUUGUUUAUUGUUAGAUUCUUUUUUUCCUUCUUCUUGAUAAACAAUGUCCUAGUAUUUUACCAAUACCUGAAAGAGUUUGCAGUGUUAAAAGUAACUUGAUUUCUUCUGUGUCUGUUCACAGCAAUUCUGAGUGGAACUGGCUUUCAAUUAGAGCAAGCAUUGGGAGUCGCUGGGUCUGGCUACAGGCUCAGAUUUCCGAGCUGGAAUACAAAAUUCAGCAACUUGCUGAUAUUCACAGUCAGAUACGCAACACAAAGGUACAUUAUUUUCUCUGGCGAUACUUAAUGUUUAGCCUGAAGAACAUGUGAUGUGAUAGGAGUCAGCUUCUUCUUGCCAAUGUUUCCGAAGAGUAAACUCCCACUUUGAUAUUUAGGUGUGCCUUCUUGUAGCUUAAAUGGUAAUCACAUCUCCUGCUGGGUUUUCCCUUAUUACCCUUCAUGAGAAAUCCUCCCAGAUAAUCUUGGAUUCUAUGCAAAAAUUUUAAAAUAAAUAUAGAAAUAUUUAUAGUGUGUUAAAUUCUUCCAUCUAGAGAAAAAAACACCAUGAAAUACCUUGUUAUAUCUCUAUUUAUCAUUAAGGGUGACUAUAGAUGGGUUUUGAAUUCGUAAAUUGUAUAUAGCCUGACUUGUUUCAGAUAUAGAAUAACUGGAUAAAAUAUGAAGAUAAUCACAAAAAUACUUCAAAAUGAAAGUGGAUCAUAUACAUUGUGUACACUCAAUCAUCAUCUAUGACCAAACCAUGUCUGUUAAUAAAAAAAACAACAAAAAAAACCAACCGGUAUGUAUAAAUUGUCAUCUUUAUUACAAAGUGUAUGAUAAGCCAUGGCAGGGGUGACAAACAUGAUUCGUUGUUUGGAUCUACAAGCAAUGCCACAGUGUUUACAGAAUGAAAUUUGAAGAUUAUUCAACAAACCUAAUGUAACAAGAUAAGCCAAAGACCUAAUGGAGUAGAUUUGUGGUUAAUGGCCACUGCUGCCUAGUGGCUCCUGUCCUAUUGUCUGCCUAGUUAAAGGGGACACGAUAGUCACCAGAACAACUACAGCUUAUUGUAUUUGUUCUGCUUAGUAUAAUCAUUGCCUUCAGGCUAUUUGCAUUAAACACUGUUUUUUUUUUCAGAGAAAAGGCAGUGUUUACAUUACAGCAUAGGGAUACCUCCACUGGCCACUCCUCAGAUGGCUACUAGAGGUGAUUCCUGGGGCAGAAUGAACAGUGUGCAGCACUGACAUUCAGCAUCUCCAAGCUCUGCAUGGAAACACUGAACAUUCUUUAUAGAUAUGCAUUAAUUCAGUGUAUGUCUAUGAGGAGAUGCUGAUAGGCCAGGGGUGUGUUUGACUUGUGCUGGCUCUGCCCCUGAUCCACCUAGUUGAAAAGCUCAGCCAAUCCAAUAUUUUCCUAUGUGAAAGCAUUGUGAUUGGCUCAGAACACCACUUCUGAUGAUGUCAGCAGAGCAGGCAGAUCAGGGGCAGAGCCAGCAGCAGCAGACUGGAACAAAAGUAAGAUUUAAUUAUAUUUGGGGGGGUGGGGGGCGCAGUGGGGCUAGAUGGUGGUUUUAACACUAUACAGCCAGUUAAACAUGUUUGUGUUCCAGACCCUAUAGUGUUCAUUUUAACAGUCCUAAUGACUGAUCCUGCCUGGUGGCUAUUCACUGCCAGGUAUGGCAUGCAAAUACAAAGGAUAUAAGAUUAAACAGUAGGAAAACGGUACUACAACACCUAUGUGAAGUCACUUAAUCACAUCAAAACAUACACAAUAAAAAAGAAGUGGGUGGUGAGAGCACACUAAUAAAUAUUGCACAUUACCCUUAAUUACAUGUAGAAUUGGUAAAAAAAAAAAAAGUGCUAAUACUCAAUCCAGGGUCCACAAACAGAUUGAUAGUUUAUAUAUGCCUGUAGAUUGAAACAGAAAAAGGAGGGGACACAAAAUAGUGUAAUAACGUAGGAGCCACUUGACAAUUUAAAAUUCCAAAGGUUCCACUCACAUGGUCAUGAGCCACUUAUUAAAAGCUGGCUCAGACUGAAGGUAAAUCAGGUGAAAGCACGUGGACAUCAGGUACCAAGCUGUUUUUUCCUCUGUGAUCUUGCAAGUUGUUUGUUGCUUAAAAAUAUUCCAGGAUGCAGGAAAUUUCACAAACAAAUUUAUUUAUACACUAUGAGGUAGCUUUAAAAAACAACAAAUAAAAUAAACCUGAAAAGUCCACUAUUGCUGUAACUCGAACUUGACGCGUUUCGGCGAUGCCUUUUUCAAAAGUUCCUACUUCACCUUCCUUUCUCGCUGAAGACGUCGGAAUGCAGGAUGCGGCUACGACGACACCGGAAGCGGAAAUAGAGACGUCAUGACGCAACGGAAGAAAGGCGCCAAAUUUGGGCUAUUUAAACAGCGAGAAAGGAAGGUGAAGUAGGAACUUUUGAAAAAGGCAAAAAAAUAAAAAAGUGGCUUCUACGUUAUUACACUAUUUCGUGUGUCCCCCCCCUUUUCUGUUUCAAUCUACAGGCAUAUAUAAACUGUCGAUCUGUUUGUGGACCCUGGAUUGAGUAUUAGCCCUUUUUUUACCAAUUCUACAUGUAAUUAAGGGUAAUGUGCAAUAUUUAUUAGUGUGCUCUCACCACCCACUUCUUUAUUAGGUAUGGCAUGCAAAUGAAAUUAUCAAAUCAAAUUUUUACUGUUGCAUGCAUAGUACUGCUGAAGUGUAAAGAUAUCAGGUCCUUGCUCCCACACCGUGUCUCUCACUCACUCCACGAGGACGCCAUGUCGGAGCGCUGCCCCACAGACAGCGCGGUCGGCUCAACCACCCAUGCUGACCGCUCAUGUAAGUGCGGACAGCACUUACCAGCCACAGAAGGCAGGACUCCAUACACACGAACAGCAUCUCUGUUUGUGCGAACGCCACUCACCUAUACUACAGGAAGAACUCUGUUCGUAUGGACACCAGCUCCCAAACACAGCAGGAAAAGAAGUCUGUUCGUGAGAACGCAGCUGCUUCCACAUACGACCACACAGAAGGUAGAACUCCACGAGAAUCAAAGGGCACGUGGCACAGAGCCUUUUAAAGGUACAGGAUAGGGAUCGACCGAUAUUGAUUUUUCAGAGCCGAUACCGAUAUUCUGUGAACUUUCAGGCCGAUAGCCGAUAUAAUUUGCCGAUAUUCUGUACAUUUACCAAAAUAAAAACUAUUUCUAAAGGUAAAUGCACAAAAUAUACAUGCCACGUGUAGUGGAUGCAGUGUGACAGGGGAGCUGUGUGUGUUUGUGUAGUGUGUGUGUAGUGGAUGCAGUGUGUGUUUGUGUAGUGUGUGUGUUAUGGAUGCAUUGUGUGUGUGUAGUGUGUGUGGAGGAUGCAAUGUGUGUUUGUGUAGUGGAUGCAGUGUGUAUUUGUCUAGUGUGUGUAGUGGAUGCAGUGUGUAUUUGUCUAGUGUGUGUAGUGGAUGCAGUGUGUAUUAGUGUAGUGUGUAUAUAAUGAAAGCAGAGUGUUUGUGUAGUGUGUGGGUAGUGUGCGUAAAGUGAAUGCUGUAUAUACUAAAUGCAAAGUGUGUGUGUAUAUAAUGAAUGCAGACUGUGUGUGUAUAGUGAAUGUAGUGUGUUUAUAUAAUGCAGAGUGUGUGUGUUUGUAUAGUGUGUGUGUAUAUAAUGCAGUGUGUUUGUGUAGUGUGCAUUAUAUAAACACACUACACAAACACACUGCAUUAUAUACACACACUACACACACACUGCAUUAAACACACUACACAAACACACACACACUGCAUUAUAUAAACACACUACACAAACACACACACUACAUUAUAUACACACUACACAAACACACACUGCACAAACACACUACAUAAACACACACCGAAUUAUAUAAACACACUACAUAAACACACACCGAAUUAUAUAAACACACUACACAAACACACUGCAUUAUAUACACACACUACACAAACACACUGCAUUAUAAACACACACUGCAUUAUAUACACACACUACACAAACACACACUGCAUUAUAUACACACACUACACAAACACACACUGCAUUAUAUACACACACUACACAAACACACUGCAUUAUAUACACAGUGUGUUUGUGUAGUGUAUGUGUAUAUAAUGCAGUGUGUGAGGGGGCAUUUUUUAUUAAAUUAUAAAAAAAAAAAUUAUAUUUACUUUAUUAUUUAUUUUUGUUGUCCCCCCUCCCUGCUUGUUACCUGGCCAGGGAGGGGGGAUAUGACAGUCCCUGGUGGUCCAGUGGCAUUGGCUGAGCUGGGGGGGGGGGGCGGAGAGCAAGCGCUUACUCACCUCCCAGCAGCUCCUCCAGCUCCCCAGUGUAACUCUCGCGGCCAGCGUGUCGCGCGGAGCGUUGCCAUGGUGAUCCAUGGCAACGCUCUGACGGCCGCGGGUCUCGCGAGAGUUACACUGGGGAGCUGGAGGAGCUGCUGGGAGGUGAGUAAGCGCUUGCUCUCUGCCCCCCCCAGGACCGCCGGGCUUGUAAUGAGCCUGGCAGUCCUAGGAGGUAUUAUCGGCAAUAUCGGUAUCUGAAUUGGCCGAUACCGAUAUUGCCGAGAAUACCGAAUAUCGGCCGAUUAUAUCGGUAAAACCGAUAAUCGGUCGAUCCCUAGUACAGGAGGUGGAGACCAGGAUGGAACCUCAAUUAACAAGACCACCCACUUUCCCUAUUUAAGUCUCACACACCCUUCACUCUUCGAUGAGUUGUACUGUGCUCCUGAUUGUGUAAAGACCUUCAGAGACUCUCCUGUUUAUCCUGUUCCUGUUCCUGAUUUUGACUCUUGCCGGUAUGCUUCCUUACCUGUAUGAACCUGUGCCGCCUGUCCUGACCUUUUGCUCCCCCGACUAUUCUCCUCGCCUAUCCUUUGGUACUGCGAACUUGGUUCUUUGCCUUCAGCAUCUAUCUGCAUCUUGGGCUCCAUCCAAACUAAACUGUGUUCCCGACAAGAAAGCUAGGACUAAUAUUAAUGUAUUUGGAAGUUACCAAACUCAUAAAAAAGCCAAGAUGAAGUAUUUUUUUCAAUUUGAAUACUUGGUCAGGAUUUACAAUAUCAUCGUGUAUUCUACACAGUUGCUUGUUCAGUGAAUAAACUUGAUCAUCUGCCUAGGUCUUUGUUGGCAGCAGCAUAAAUUUAUAAUUGUGAUAUACUGUUACUUCCUCUAACAUUUAUAUUUUAGUGUGACUUUAUAAUCCACUAAAUCUCAUAAUCUGAUAAAUCUCCUCUAAAAAUGUAGUGGCUCACACAAAUAACGAAAUAAGUAGAAGUCUUAAUCAAUCCUACACAAAGCAUUUUAUUACGUCUUUCCACCAGCCGCAUAGCAGAUACUAUGUAACAAUUACACAGCUUUAAUGUUCUGUUCAGACUUGUUUUCGCUAAAACAAAGACCACACACAAUUUACUAGCAUUUAAAAUAUCUGGCAUUUUUUACCAGCCCAAUUUUGUAUGCAGGUGUUUUGUCAAGGUUAUAUUGAGCUUUACAUUCUAUUGUAUCACAUUUUUGUAGCUGUGACCGUAAACAAGGACAUAUUUUAGUGUUUAUGUUCUACUUUUAGUUUGAUUUUCUGUAGAAAUAGCUGAUUUUAUCCACCUACCUAGCAUUCAACUCGUGGCAUUUGUGUUUGGAAUUUAAAUUUUUGAGUUAAUCAGCUAUUAAUUAUUGCCGAACAAAUUAAAAUUUUUCUAUCUAUUGUACCAAUAAUGCAGACAUUGCUUUGAGUUGUUUGCUGAUGUAUAGGGAUUUAUUCCUGUUAUUUAAUCCAGUGAUUCUUACCUCCUGGUUUGAAUUUUUAAUUGAGUCUCUAUGCUAUGUCAGUGGGUCCCUAUGGGUUAGACCGUGAGCAUCCUAUUCUUUGGACUCAAGGCAACUACCCAAAAUUAAUUUCAUAAAGUGACAGUGCCCUCUCUAGUGCAGUGUGGAUGACGUUGAUACUAGAAAGUGCCUAACUAAGAAUUUUGAGCAUAUUUGUUAUAUAUUCUAUUGCAUUUGAAGAAUGAGUCACUGAACUUUUUUUUACUAUUAAAGAAUUGGUCGCAAGCUAAUGCUAUGAGUGUAAUUUGGGCCACUGUCAAAAAAAAUUACAAAUAAUAAUCACUGCUUUUAUCAGUAGUAUGGCAACUAACAACUGUUAUCCAGUGACACAUUAAAGACGCCAGUCUUGAUUGCAAGCUUUAUGGGCGACCGUAUUCUAUGAGAUUUAAAUGGAUUGCUGCUUUCCUACGGACAGAUUCAAUGUUUGUUAGAAUGCUUAACCACAAUUGUAUUGUUUCCUAGGUCACCGUAAAGUUGGAAGAAAACUCUAAAAGCAUUUGCAGGCAGCCUCCACGUCUGCCAGAUCCAAGCACUUUAUUAAGCCCUGUGGGGAGGUUACAAAGUGCCCCAGUGGGAACAAAUCUAUCUCCAGCAAAGGAUUUAGAAAUGUCGCCAAGCAGUCCAACUCUGCUUCUGAGAAAUAUCGAAAAGCAGGUAAAGUAGCACCAAGGAUUUAGAAGCUCAAAUUUUGGCAUAGCACAAUCACAGCGAGCCACGUAAUUAUUUAAUGCAAAGGACCGUGAAGGUAUUUCACCUCCUCAGUGGUGAACACUUAGCUCUGUGCCAACUCAAUACUGACUGUGUAAAGGAAAUUAAAUAUUAACUUCUACUUUGCUGCAUACAGGAAUAUCACUAGGGUAAUUCCACUGUCUUGAACUAGAGUCGUCGUUUCAUCUUCAAAAGACCUGACAUUGUACAGGGGUGGCCAAAAGGUAGACCUCCCAGCUUUAAGUUAAACUUGGAUUUUAAGACACACAGUGUUUUUAGGAAACUGUUAUUAUAAUAAUUAUUGAAGACUUAAUACAGUACUGUCUUUAAACAUUUACCCAUGAUUCUUCUUGAUGAAUAAUAUUCAAAGUAACUGCUUGAUCACUUUGACAUAAAAAAAAAAAAAUUGGACAUUUUUAACUUGUGUGCUUUGUCAGUCCUUUAGGAAUGCAGCUCAGCAAUCCUUCUGGAGAUUGAAAUUCUUUUAAUCCUUUUUUCCCUUCUCCUUUCCACUUAGCCAAGCCUCCUUCCCAUUAAUUUAAAGGGACACUCCACUGCCUAAAUAAAAAAGCAAAACAAAACACUGCUUAGUUGAUAUACACCAAAUGAAAACAUGUUUGUAUUUUUUGUUUUUCUUUGGGCUAUAUCUAAAAACAGCUUGCAAAAGCUGCGUUUCUCUUGUCUGCUGCCUUUGCAAGCCCUACCCUUCUUCCCAAACCCAUACUUUCUGGGGCUUUGCAAUCACAGACUUCCCAAUUCAACUCAAUGAAAAGUCUUUGCAAGGAAUGUGCUCUAGGCAAUUGCCUGCCUUUUAAAGUGACAUUUAUAGGUACCCAGAGCACUUCACCUAAUUGAAAUGAACUUGGUGAAGUGCCCCUGUACCCUUAAAGGUAUAGUAUAGGCACCAUAACAACUUAAUAUAAAAGAGGGCAUCUUAAGGGGUUAAACCAUUCUCAAAUGGUUUAACCCCAAAGUGUGUCUAAAGCACCAAUCCUCAGGCCUCCAUACGUCAUCUGGCUUCUGAAUCUCAGUUUCUGGAAGUGCAGAGUGCCCCUGAUUGGCUGAGAUCAGCUUUCCUAUGGGAAAUCUAUAAUCCGGCCUGCACAUGCUCUUUUUGUAAACCUAUUUGUCGCAGGAAGAGCCCAAUCCAGCACCAAAGGGCCUAGGUGCUGGAAACCAUUAAGUGAAGGAAAGGGAUUAACCCUUUCAUGACUAAGAAGGGGGCAGAGGGACACUACAGUGUUAUAAAUACAGUUUUGUACUCCUAACAGUAUAGUAUUCCUUUGAACUUGGCUCUGCUAAUCUAAACAAACCAGGAAGUAAUAGGACCUGUUAUCUGCUUGAAUGCCAUGGGGAUGGUAUGAGGUUCAUUUAUAUUCCUAUUGAAAAUGGAAAAACAAAAAAGAGGACACUUCACACAUAAAGCAUUUCAGCAAGCUAAAGUGCUCUGGGGGUCCAAAGUGCCCCUUUAAGUAGAGAAGCCAACCCUUGUAGUAUAGAUUGUUGCUUUGUACAAAUAAUAAUAAACACAAUUGAUCAUUGCAUACGGACGGGUAGGAUAUUACUAACUAAUCACAUUUUCAAUACUACAUUUUUAUUUUAUAGGCAGUAAUUAGAGCCAAUGAAAUGUUGGUACUUUGGAAACGUAGCCAUUUUACCAUUGUGGAUAUUUGGAUAUAUACCCUGCAGUCUUUAUCUUUUCUUUCUCUAAUCUGCAGGAUAUGGUUGCUAUAAGGAUGCCCCUCUUAACAGUUUUAUCUCUGAACUGCACAAAAAAAGUUAUUAGAAGGAAUAUUGAUCCCAGUAACUGGAAUCCGUAGUUUGCAUCGACAGGACAGUCUGAGUCUGUUAACUAGCCCCUCCAUAUCUCGCUGCCCUAGGUGACCGUUUAAUGAUUACCAUGACUCUGGUUAAAAAUCUAACAUUUUGGGAUUGAUUAAGCAUAGAGUCCUAGAGUAGAAUACAAUAGCCUCUUUGAGUUUUGUGUUCAUGCAUGUGUAAUGAGCUGGUUAAUGAUAUGUUAUUUAUUAACAAAAAGUCAAUCAUCUGAAAAAAAGGCUAAUCAGAUUUUCUUUGUAACAUAUAACACCGUAACAUGGGGUAUAUAUGUGUUAAACUGAACAUUUUACUAACUCACCUUAAAAAAUAAUAUAUAUUUUAGUUUUUAAAAUUCAACCUCCGCAUGAGAAAAUAGAAACAUAGAAUGUGACGGCAGAUAAGAACCAUUCGGCCCAUCUAGUCUGCCCAAUUUUCUAAAUACUUUCAUUAGUCCCUAGUCUUAUCUUAUAGUUAGGAUAGCCUUAUGCCUAUCCCACGCAUGCUUAAACUCCUUUACUGUGUUAUCCUCUACCACUUUAGCUGGAAGGCUAUUCCAUGCAUCCACUACCCUCUCAGUAAAGUAAUACUUCCUGAUAUUUGUUCCUGAUAUAUUUUUAAACCUUUGCCCCUCUAAUUUAAGACUAUGUCCUCUUGUUGUGGUAGUUUUUCUUCUUUUAAAUAUAGUCUCCUCCUUUACUGUGUUGAUUCCCUUUAUAUAUUUAAAUGUUUCUAUCAUAUCCCCCCUGUCUCGUCUUUCCUCCAAGCUAUACAUGUUAAGAUCCUUUAACCUUUCCUGGUAAGUUUUAUCCCGCAAUCCAUGAACCAGUUUAGUAGCCCUUCUCUGAACCCUCUCUAAGGUAUCAAUAUCCUUCUGAAGAUACGGUCUCCAGUACUGUGUACAAUACUCCAAGUGAGGUCUCACCAGUGUUCUGUACAAUGGCAUGAGCACUUCCCUCUUUCUACUGCUAAUACCGCUCCCUAAAUAGACCGGGAAAGAGAUGGUUAAACAGAUAUUUUUUGACUAAUGCAAUUUUUUUUUGGUGUGUUUAUUGUAUAUUUUGUUCUCAGAAAAUCCAACCUAAAACCAGCCCAGUUUGUGAAAUGGUGACUUCAUGAUUUUUUUUUUUUUAUAUAUUUUUGUAUGUUGUGUGGUAGUGUUACGUACUCCAGUGUCAUCAUAUUAGAGGGUGCUUUCCAGAUUUUUAAGAUGUUUUCUAAAACUAAAUGCCUGGUUUGUCUGUGCUUAAGUCUUUUUUUGAUUUAAGAACACUAGUGGAAUGCAAAAAUGUUUGGGACUUUUUUUUAACGCAACAUUCAGGGCAAUUCACUAGAAGAAGAAUUAAUGAUAGAAUUUCAAUAUUUGAAUUAGUCCUUCCACCAUAACCACUAUUGUCAGCUUAGUUUAUUGGCCACUAAAGAGUAAGAGGGGGGGAAAAGUCAACUCUAGUCUGGAGUGUUUAUUUAAGUGCUUAAAGGGACUCUGGAAGCACCAUGAUUGCAUCAUAACUACUACACUGAUCUGUAGCAAAGAGUCUAUGGGUUACUCACUCCCAUUUUUUGGUUAAACCACAUAGGAUCAGUUUAAUGAACACCAGAUUUUUCCCUGGCACCUAUUGUACACCCACCUUGAUAAUGUCAAAUUCCAUCCAGCUUGAAAGGUUGUGAUAGACUAAGAUGGCUAACGUUUUAUUUAUAUGCUGAAACUGACCAUAAAUAUUUCCUGGUCAUUUCUGUUUGCAUACUUUAAAGACAUGGUAAUAGUAGUUUCACAGUCACAAAUAGUUUUAUUCAUGAAAAGACAUGAGCAAAACUACUACUUAAGCAUAUGGAAGUCACAGCCCAGAUUUAUUGAAAAGCUGACAUCUUCUCAAUUCUUCUUACACCCACAUCAUUUCAUCACAUCCGCAUCUCAACAGCCCACUUCUUGCUGACCCCUUUUGGUAUGUGUAUGCCCUGACUCUUGACUGCUCAGUCUUUAGCCACUGCAUGUGAUUGCAUACUGCAUAUGGUUUUACUGAUAUGUUGUGUAAACAUACUUUGAAAAGGUCACAGUGAAGAGUAUUAAAACACAUGUAUCGUAGUAUUUGCUGAUAUUAGGCAAUGCUUCUGGUUCUUGUUGAGAACACAAAUAUUAACCUAUUAUUCUUCACAUGGAUAUAUUGAUGUAAACUAGUGAAAGAUAUACAUAUAUAUAUAUAUAUAUUAUUUUUUUUUUUUUUUUACACAGGCAAGGUCUUAAAUAUAUGUAAUUGUGAUUGAAUUAUUUUUCUAUAGCAAAUAGGUUGUCAUAGGUAAAAACCACUGGCAUGCAUGCCAAGUGUCCCUAUUAAGGAGGAACAGUCCCCUUAACUCCCAACUUUGCCAAUAAGAAAAUUUACAAGGGGGGGGGAGAGAGUUCUUCCAUGGGCUAGUGACGCAAGUUGUGUCACUGGUGUUGCCCAUAAUACACAGGUCCACCCACCAUCAAGCAAGUCAGGUUCAGGACAAUGGGACAGAACCCAGAAAUCAGGACUGUUCCAUUCAUCUGUGUUUCUAUCUUCGUGUUCCUCUUUUUUUAGUAGCUCCAUAUUGUUGGUGUGAGUAAGUGUAUAACAAUGCUCCACAGUAAUAACUAGCACAGUAAUGUGUCUUUAAAGUGGUACUCUCAACCCUCUCCAAAAUAAGUAUUUUAUAAAAAUAGAAUCUUUAUGAUAUACUCAUUCUGACUGUGUUGAAAUUUCACUGAAAUGCCAACCCAGUCUGAAAAUAUACUGAAACAAAGUAUUAUUUUGUCUCAGUAUUUUCCCUACUUUUGAGAAAGCUUAACACUAAGCAGAGCUGUUGCCGUCAAGCCUUGUCAUUUCCCCAGGCGCCACUAGUGAGGCUGUAGAGAAAUUAAGCUAUUUCUAUGGAGGAUCUUGCGGAUUACUCCAUAGGCCUCAAUACUGUAUCCUUGUGCAUGCGCAAUUGUACAGCGCUGACAUGGGCUUCCGGCAGCAGGAAGAGGAUAACUGCACCCGCAGUUUAAAUAAUGGUAAACUACCACUUCUCAUUAUGUUCAAAGACUUCCAGUGGACAUUUUGGAAUUUAUUCUCCCCUCUCCUGAUGAGACAAUAAUUCCUACUCUUUUUCUCCUUCCAUAGUGAAUAUUGUGCCUUAAAGAAAUAUUAUUUGUAUAUUGCCAGUGUUUGGUAGUUAGCAGGCAGUGGAUUCAGUACAGUUGACUCUAGAUCUUUGUAUAAACUUUUUGUGGGACAUAACAUUUGCUUGGUGACGUAUUUUUCGAUUGGAGAAUUGGCUGCAAUCAGUUAUGUUAUUGCCCAAAAUGUCACAAAAUACAAAAAACAAUGUGUCCCCACUACACUGGGGAUAGUAUAUAGGUUACAGUAAACAGUUUGUGGUCAGCUGCUUGGGGCCUAAUGCCUCUGCAAUCUGUGACACACUACAGUGACAUGGAGAUCCAUUUUUAGGGACUGAUCUACAUGUAAGAAUCACUGGUAUAGGUGAUGCAUUUACUUUUAAGAAUUAAUCCCAGCCCCAUAUCAGCUUUAGCCUGUUGGGAACCAUCUUACUUUCAGUGGUUAAAUAGAUUCUGACAGACGAAGAGUAGGGAAAACAAUAAGAAAAGGGUAAGUUUGAGGUGACAGAGCCACCCUAAGAUGGUCCUCCAGUUGCCCCCAUCUUCCUUGAAGUCUGCCAGUACUGUAUGAGUAAGAUUUAGGCGGGUAACCAUUGAUUGGCUUAGAGCAUCACCAAUUUAGAGAAACAGUAAUAGAGUGGUAGCAAAACAAUGUGAUGGAUGUAAUGAAGGUACGACAACACCUGGACACUCCUGCCCCUACAGCAACUUCAAUGAGCUGAAACUUAACUGAUGGCUGAGCGGUUUUGGAAAUGUGAGUCAGUGUUUGGGGUAGUUAGAUAAACCCGAGAUUAUUAUGGGGGAAUCUAUUGUUUUAACAAUCUGUUGAUUUUUGUCAGAAAGUGAGGCAGUCUCUAUAUUGCUUUAUCUCUCCUACAGAGUGCUCAGCUCACAGAAAUGGUCAACAGCCUUAUAAUCCCAGGUGGCAUCUCCCCUACGGAUACUGCAAAAUCCAACGGGUUUCCUUACAGGUAAGUAGACUGGCUAGUAGUACUCUCAUUAUAGAGAACGUACAUGUGGUGUGGUAUUCACCAAAGUGGGCUGAUCCAUGUUUUUUACUGCUGCAAUGAAGAUGGAUUCAUGGAAGCUCACUUCCUCCUGCCACAGCUCAAGAGAUUGUAUCCUUUCAGAGCUCCGAGGCAGAAUGACAAGGGAUCCCGGUACUUGAAUGGAUUCUGUGAUCAGCAGCAAAUAAAAAGAAGAAAAAGGAACCAUGUUAAGGCUUCUUCCUCUCUCAAAGGCAACAUCAGCAGCUCCGCUCGGACCAGACCUCUGAAGACGUUCCAGAAGAGGAAGCUCUACAAGCCAAGUUUGCAUUGUUCACCAGCCAAGUUGGUAUGAUAACAAUCUAAAAGUGAAUGCCAAGCUUUGUAGUAGAGAAGUCUUUGUGCUCCAAUACUAUCCAUGCCAUAGUGUCUCCCCUCAGAAUUGCCAAAUCUAUUUUGUUUAUUAAGGAACACUUAACCAUGCAUUCUAUAAAGCUGUAUUGUGAACUGAGUAACGCGGUUUGUAUUGUACAAUACAGUUCUGAAGUAUAUUUUUUAAUUGACUAAAACAUCCUAUGUGGCAAAGUUAUCUGCGUUUGAUGACAAAUCCGUGUGUCUAGGAAUCUAAAAUUUAAAGAGAAACACUUCCACUUCCCUGGAUUGUUAAGAUUCUGUUUACUUAAAGGACCACUAUAGUGCCAGGAAAACAUACUCGUUUUCCUGGCACUAUAGUGCCCUGAGGGUGCCCCCACCCUCAGGGUUCCCCUACCGCCCGGCUCUGGAAGGGAGAAGGGGGUUAAAACGUACCUUUUUCCAGCGCUGGGCGGAGAGCUCUCCUCCUUCUCUCCUCCUCCGUUCCGCCCCGUCGGCUGAAGGCGCACGAUCAAUCAUUGUUCUAAUCUUUGCGCUUGGCAAUUAACAUAGAGAGAGCAAUGCUAAGAGGAAAAUGUUUCUCUUUAUCUGCAUUGUGAAUCAACUGGAUUGUGAUUUAAUUUGCUAAAUCUUUAAUUUAAAAAAAAAAAGGUUGACACAAGUUAUUGGCAAUUUUCAGUAUUUUAAUAAAUGGUAGAUUAUCCAGUGUAGUAGCAGUUCCUCUGUAAUGCAGGAAUAAGGUCAUAAUUGUAAGGGACUGAUCAAAUGGCCUUAAAGCAGUAUUUAAAAUGUAACUUAAACAAAAACACAAAACCUUUUUUACAUCAUAGAUAAGACUUCCACAUCAUAUAUAUAUAUUCUUUUAGGUCUUUUAGCUUUCCGCUCAGACAUAUCACCAUGGACAGCAUUUCCUACAUUUUAUUUAGACUUUUUCUAUUACACAAGAAUAUGUCCCAUGCCCACACAUACCUUUGGUCAUUCGAUUAACCAUUUACAAUUUUAUGGUAUUACUUGUUUUUGUAAAUAUAGACUUUUACGUUCUACAACUUGAAGAAAAAAUAAUAAUUAUUCAGUCAUAUCUACAGGAGCAGUUUAGUGGCAGGGACAAAAUUCUAAUGUGUAAGUAAUAAUAAAAACUAAUUUUAUAGUGCUGCCGUUUUUAGAAUUAUGUAUGUAUAACAAAUAUCAUUAGGGAUAGAUUAAAGGAACAGUCCAAGCCACUGAUGUCCUCCUCCGCUAUCUCUGUAGCUGGCUGUGUUCCCUCUUGACAUUUGUCUUUAUCUGGAUUGGUGAAUGUGCUUAUUUUAUGGUCUGUGUGCUGACUUUGAUCUCUAGCAAUCCAUGAUUGUAAGAAAUUAUAAUUAUUUAUAUAGCUCCAAAAUAUUCCGUAAUGCUGUACAAUAAGGAAAUAAGACAGACCCUAAAUUCUAACAAGACCUGAUUGAUGUACUGGAACAGGUGAUGAAAGGGGCUCUACCCAAACAAGCUUAAAGCGGCACUGUCAUGCUGAACUUACCUUUCCUCAAUCUCUUCCUCUUCUCCCCCUCUCUCAGGAUCUGUUCUUCUUUUCUUCCUGUCUUCUUUAGUUUUCUUUAAAAUCAUAAGACAAAGUAGGGACUCUUUGCCUUAUGGAGGAUUCCUCCGCUUGACCAGCUCUGACCAGGGGAGGAGCAAAGUGUGCUUCAUUUCCGCUGGUCAGAGCAAUUUUCCCAUGAUCCUUACCUUCCCUCUGUGUUCCCACAAUGCUUCCUGUCACUUUACACAAAACUGCCGAAUUGCGUUCUAACUUAAUGAGAACAGUAUGUUCGUUUCUUUUAGAACGCAAUUCGGCAUGUUAUUCGGAUCGGAAUUUCAUUCGAAUGAAUGAAACUCCGAUCCUAUUCUUGCUGUGGCUGCAUCUUGCAGCCGCUUAGUAGAUAACUCCCUAAUUCCCACGGUAUCAGGGAGUUAUCUACUAAAAGGCUGAAAGACCUAAAUUGGUAUUUCAGCCAACUUUACUAAUACUAAGUAAAAAUUACUUAGUAUUAGUAAAUGAUAUUCUCCUACUCGCUAUACCGCGAGUAGGGGCAUGUCUGGUAAACAGUGAGCAGCCUGUGGGGGCCAUAGUGAGAAUGAAGGGGGGGGGAACCUACUGCCCCUACCCCUGGGCGGCGGGUGGGGGCCAUAAUGAGAACGAGGGGGGGACCUACUGCCCCGGCCCCCACCCCUGGGCGGCGGGUGGGGGCAAUAAUGAGGGGGGGACCUACUGCCCCCACCCCUGGGCGGUGGGUGGGGGCCAUGAAGAUAAUGAGGGGGGGGAACUACUGUCCCUCCCCCCCACCCUGGGGGUGGGGUGGGGGUCUAAGUCAAUUACCCCACCACCACCAAGGUGACUAGGGGUCCCCAAGCCCCUAGUCACCCACCCCCCACCCAAAAAAAAGUCCCUACCUACCCCCCUCACCCUAAAAAAUUGUGAGGGGGGAAUAAAAUAACUAACCUGUAAAAUAAAAUUAAACUUACCAUUCAACGUCUUCUUUUUUCUCAAAUCUUCAUUUUCAGCCCCAAAAAAGGCCAAAUAAAAAACAAUCAUAACCGUCGAAUUGAAAAUAAAAUAAAAAUCCCGAGCGCAAAAAAAAAAAACCAGACGAAAAAGAAAAAACCCGAGCGCAAAAAAAUAAUCCAUCUUCACCCAUGGAGGGCUCCGCACAGACUGAGCUCCGCAGGGCGGGGGAAGGCUUAUAAAGCCUUGCCCGCCCUGCAAUUAGGCUAAGAACACUCUGAUUGGUGGGUUUAAGCCAAUCAGAGUGCUCUUUGUCAUUUUACACAGCGUGGGAAAAUUCAAAGAAUUUCCCACGCUGUAAAUAACACAAACACUGUGAUUGGAUGGAUUUCAAGCCAUCCAAUCACAGUGCUCUGUGUCAUUUUAGCGUGGGAAAAUUCAAAAGAACUUUCCACGCUGUGUAAUAUUUUCAGGGCCCCACCCGCCGCCCAGGGGUGGGGGCGGGGUGAGGGGAGGACAGUAGGACCCCUCAUUAUCUUCAUGGCCCCACCCGCCGCCCAGGGGUGGGGGCCGAGGGGCAGUAGGUCCCCUCCCCUCAUUAUUCCCCCCACCCGCGCCCAUUCUCACUGGCCCCCAUCCAGGGGUGGGGGCGGUGACCCCCAUUCUCACUAUGGCCCCACCGCCGCCCAGGGGUGGGGGGCAGUAGGUCCCCCCUCCCUCAUUCUCACUAUGGGGGGGUGACAUUAGGUCUCCCCCCUUAUCUUACUUUAGGGCCCCCACCCGUCAUUUAGGGGUGGGGGCCAAUAGUUGUUUUUUUACAGUGAGCAGGUCUAGCGAGUUGGGGCAUGGGGGAGAUUUUAAUCUCCCUUAUGCAACUAUGGAGGUCAUAUUGACCCCCAUAGAGUGAGGGGGGACCUGGGGGGGCUUAUGAAGUGGAGGGGAGCACAAGCUCCUUGUGCUUAGCACUCUACAAACUCUUCAAAGGCACCACCUAAAUACUACAGCAGCAUACUCUUAAAUAGAAAGCACUGGUUUGUUGGCUUGUCCUUGUCUGCAUUAUAGAGGAGUUUGAGUGCUAAUGGUAUUUAGUUGUUGUCCCUUACAUUUUUAUGUAAUAAUUUGUCUUUACGUCUUGAUCUGUGUGAAAGCAUUGUCUUAAUGUUAAAGAAAUAAGUGUGCUUAGAACUCUAACCUGUUUUUGUAGCUAGAUGCAGCGGCAUGUGGGCUGUUUACUUCGUGUUUAUGUCAUGUUACAUUGUAUUUUUACAAACAUUAAGCUUGCUUUUUUUUGUAAUAAUCUUGCUGCAGGCUAUACUCUCCACUGAAUCUUUUUUUCCGUACGAUGAGUCACUACUCAACUCUUACCGCAGCUCCACCUGGACUAGUUGUAACAAGCAGGAAAGUUUUGGAUCGAUGAGCCAAACAAUCUGCGAGAUAGACCCAUCAUUUCACCCUGUCUUAUCGUUACCAUCUGGUAAGCUGGGACGGUGGAUGUCUGUUUAAAGAGAAAUAGUUUCUCUCUCGAUGCAUGCGUUUUAUGUUUUCUUUCUGGAUGUUUUGUAGAAAUCCCUCUUAAUUUACACUUUGAUGUGUUGCUGAGGACCAGUGAAUUUAAGAGAGAAGCUGUCACCAACACGUUAUUCACAGAAAAAGAGGAAAAUUCUCCUGUUCAUGGUAAAUAUACUAAUACAGGGUUUUUUUGUUUGUUUUUUUUUAAUUUCAGGAUCUGUAGAAGUCGUUAUACUGACAUCUAAAAAUGGCUAAAAAUAUUGACAUUUCAUCUGCUACUUCUGUAAUGAGUGUUUCUCCUAAAGAUGGCUUGUCAUCUUGGAGACUUCAGAAGACAUCAGAAGUAGUGUUCUAAACCAAUCACAAUGCUUUCCCAUGGAUUGGCUGAGCUUGUCAAGGAGGCAGAUCAAGGGCAGAACCAGCACAAGCUAAACACAGCCCUGGCCAAUCAGCAUCUCCUCAUAGAGAUGCAUUAAAUCAAUGCAUCUCUAUGAGGAAAGUUUUGUGUCUCCAUGCCGAGAGUGGAGACACUGAAUGGCAGUACUGCAUAUUACACUCUAGUAGCCAUUUGAGGAGUGGCUAGUGAAGUUAUCACUAGGCUGUAUUGUAAACACUGCAUUUUCUCUGAAAAGACUGUGUUUACUGCAAAAAGCCUGAAGGUAAUGAUUCUACUAACCAGAACAAAUACAAUAAGCUGUAAUUGGUCUGGUGACUAUAGUGUCCCUUUAAUCCAUCUGAUAAACUAAAUCGUGAAAUCCAUGUAAUAUGUGUGGAUAUUUUAAAAUUGUCAAGCUUUGGAAUCUGCAAGCAAACCUGUCAUACAUGCACAUUUUUCCUAAUCUGACAGGACAGUACUAAUUUGGGACCAAUGUUAAACUGCACUGGGAAGUCUAUGAUUGGACAGAAACAGAGAGUCUGGACUGGGGAAUGAAAGGUGGGCUUGCAAAGGCCUUAGACAAGAGAACAGCAGACUUUGCAAGCUGUUUUUAGAUAUGCCCCCAAUGAAAAAAUGCAGAAUUACAUGCAUGCAUGUUUUGAUUUAGAGUUUAUCAGUUAAACAGUGAACUUUUUUAAUUUAUUUUUUUGAGCAGUUGGGUGUCCCUUUUAGACACAUUCUUGACUCAUUUGAUCUGCCCUUCCUGAAGCCACCUUUCUGGUUUAGUCAUAGGGUAUGGCUUUUAAUCCAUUGAUUGGCAACCCAUCAGGACAUUGUACCAUUGAAUGUAGUAAAGAUCACGCAUAUUCUGUGAAUGUAUACAGCUACUUCAUUGCUUUCUCUUUAUCCCAUUUAUGUGAUUCUGCAAUAUUUGCAUGGCUAUGUUAAAAUCUGUGGAUUUAUUUAUUUUUUUUGUUAGUAUCAGCAAGUUGGACUAAUGGUCACAAAUCUAGCUGCAGACCCCAGGUGUGCUAUGAAAUGCGCACACGGGAAAGAAGACACAUGAGUGAAAAUGAACCCGGUAAAUUUUAAUAUCUAAUAAAAAUCUGCUUUGUUUAUAGUUGCAAUAUGUAAUCCUUAUUGUAUUUUAUUUUUACAGCAAUGCUUUUUUACACGUUCUCCUUAAUUCAUUUUAGAUGACUUGUCUGUCAUGUCGGAUCCUUUCAGAAAUGUACAGGUUGACCGUGCAGCUUCAUCUGCUCAAAAGCCCUCUGCACAGGUAGGUAAUACAGAUACGAUCGAACAUCCGAGUGCUCAAUCAAAAUAUAUCAGUAUCUUAAAGGAACACUAUAGUGUCAGGAUGCAUACAUAUAUUCGUGACACUAUAAGUUUAAAAUAGCCAUUUAGGCACCAGCCCUCUUUACCCCCAGGUUAAAAAUGUGAAUUUAUUUAACUUUUUACCAGCGCCGCAUGGGUCUCCUUGUGUCUGGCCCCGUUCCCACUCUUCCAUGGAUGGGAUCAUUAAAUUUAUUGAUCUCUGCUAAUCCAAUGCUUUCCAUUAGAGGCUAUUGUGCAUGUGAGGCUAAACAACGUGCUGUGCCAUUCAGCAUCUCCUCAUAGAGAUGCAUUGACAUUGGCAUCUUUGGGGGAGCGUUCAGCGUCUCCAUGCAAAGUGUGGCGACGCUGAAUGUCGGUUUUGCAACGAAAAGACAGUUUUUACAUUAAAUAGCCUGCAGGGACAGGCUGGAGACACCAGAACAACUACAUUAAGCUGUUGCUGUUCUGGUCACUAUAGUGUCCCUUUAAUUCUUGAUAAUUAACUUAUUUCCUUAUUUGUGCUCUUCAUAAUUUUACAUUUUAUUAUUAUUUAAAACAUUUUUUUUAACCACGACUCAACUGGAACAAAAAUUGGCCAGCCUUCCUGUCUGAUUUUUUUUUUUUUGUCAGUUCUCCCCUGCUGUGCUGUGUUUGGGACCUUUGAAGGCCCUUUCUGUUUUCUACACAGACUUCUGCAAAUUAAUUUCUAGUACACCGCGCUGUGUUUUAUCUGUUUGUGUGCUCUUUCAGAAAUGCCUUGCGCGUGACUCCAACAGUCUUUCACGCCGCAGAUUAAGGAGUGAAAAUGCUUACGACAUUGACAACAUUGUAAUUCCCAUGAGUUUGGUUGCACCAACAAAGGUGGAAAUUCUACAGUAUAAAGAAAUUCUCACUCCCAGGUAUUAUUUGUUUGAUUCAAUUUGUAAAGAAUGUUGAAAUAAAGAAUUUAGUGCUUUAGAUCCCAAAAUGGGUAUGGCUCCUUUCAACCUCAAAAAUAUUGGGACACCCACGUUCUAAUCUGUCUACUUGGUGUACUUCAGAGGGAAACUGAGCACAGUGUGGGCUAAGGGCUGGGUGAUUAGUUGGAACAGUUUAUAUGGGCAGGGGGAAUGAAUUAGCAGGUGAGAACAGGAAAGAAAUGUACAUGGAAUUUCUCUAAAGGGACCAUUGGGCUAUGACUUGAUCAAGAUGAGAAAAUACACAGAUUUGGUUACAUUACUGAAAAGAUGGGAUGUGGUCAUGGGAGGAAACAAAAGACUAGAUGGGUAUAAAAUGGGAACUUAUCUGCAAGUUGAGCUUGGGAGUGUAAAUAAUUGGAAACACUCUUCUCUCUGAUACAGCCCUCAUCCUGCAGAGCUGUCUGUGCUUUGCUCUUUUAGUACCAAUCUCAUCCAACAUACAACAGUCCUGGCCUGUUUUUCUCAGCACAACUUUCACUCAUGUCUAUAUCCCACAACAGUUGUCCAUGACUAACAUGGUUCUUAUUUUGCCCUUCUUUCUUCUGCACUGUCCAGACCAUUUCCAGAUGUUUCUGGUUUUAUAAUCUGACACUUAGGUUAAUCUGCAAAUUAUUUUACAAGAAGGCUAUGCUCUGAUCCCCAGGGUAUGCUAUAGGUGGGUUGGUGUUUUUUCAUGCCUAGAAUUUUGUUUUUUCUUUGGCAGCUGGAAGAUGGUUGUACUUGAACCUUUACCAAUAAAACCUGAUGAAGAGGUGAGAUCACAAGCUUUUAUUCUCUGUCUGAUUAUCUAUAGUUUGCACCAUCUUAUUGGCUAAUAAAUGCUUGUAGCUAUUUAACUAUUAAACACACUUAUAUAUAAAAUGUCAGUAUAGUCAUCGUGGUAUGUGAUGUAUGUCAUUUAUGUGGAUGUGUGAAUGUGCAUGUGUCCAUUGUAGUAUACAUCUUGGAGAAGGUGAAGAUGAUCUUUGAGUAAACCUAUAUAUAUUUGUAAUUGGUUUAUUUGUCAGUGACUUUGCUUUCAAUUUUUCAUGCACUGCAUCACAUCCACAUGCAUUUUGGACAAUAAAUAGUUUCUUUAAUAACAACAUUUUGGUUUAAAUUCAGCAAAUGCUCACUAAACCCUGCUGUUUUGGGUAAAUAGCUAUCUAUAUGUAAAAUAAGUGGUUUGGACUGAUCUGCCAUCAAUAGUUCUCUAAUUCUCUAGUGCUACUUAUCACAUCAUUUCUGUGAGUUACAUAACUACAUCCAUCUUCCCCAGUUCUGAUUGACAUUUCUGUGUAAUUGCAGCUUGAGGACCUGUCAGAUGAGGCUUUCUCCUGCAGACAUAAAAAGUAUGAGUUGAAAGAAAAGGCCCGUUGGUCAUUGUGGGAGCAAAGCAAAUGGCCCAAGCGGAGCAGGUUAGUCUCCCCAAUCCAUCUAAUCUGUGUUUUGCGAGAUUUCAACUGUUGAGAGAAACAAAUCCAUUCUCCAAACUGUAAUAAUUCCUACUUCUUAUAAAUAUAUGAUUUAUGAUUUCAGAUCUUCAAGCAAUAGCUUUGGUGUCUGGAUGGGAAAUCUCUUGGCUUCAGAUGAAAACAGCAUGAGUCCUAAUGUAUUGUUACCUGGUUCCCAAGACUCUCCAUCAGCUGGUACAAAUGAUUCACAGAACUCACAAACUGCAGAUGAAACUUGCCAAGAAAAGGUCAUUCUAAUGUAUGCCAUGUGCUAUACUGUGGUUCUAGUGCCUCCUAUGUUAUUGGUCUAUCAAAAUCAGUGUAAAUCCAUUUACUGUAAAGAACUAAGAACAAGGAUGUCCCUCGUUAACCUGCCAUAAUACAUUUUGUAGUAAUUAAUCUGUCUGGUUUGUUUUUUCAUACGAGUUCUUUGAUUUUGUCAAGCCACUUUAGCUCACAGACAUCUAAAAUAAAAUGGUGUAGCGGUAGUGACUUGCCAUUGGAAAAAUAUACAUCUUAGACAUAACCUACAUUUUACUUGUUCUCUGGUUUAAUUUUCAGCCUCCUCAGUGAGGCAGUUAAAAUUAAAAAUCUUAAAUGAUUGCACUUCUAAAUUAGCAUUUGUUAAUGCAUUAAUAAUAUAUACAAAAAUGCAUAAAAAAUUUGCUGUAAAUCAACAGGCUUUGCAGCCUGUGCAGUCAGUAAGUGACUCUGCGACUUGUGAUGCUUCAUUACGGUUGACGGUAAAGCUGGGCUAUUCACUUAAAUCCUGGCAGUGCUGCAUAAACUCAACAGGGGUUUCUAUGAGAUGCAGUUUGUUAGCUUUUUUUUUUUAACAAGAAAAAUCACGACUAAACUACAACUCCCAUAAAGAUGAUGUUAUAGAAUGGCUUGAGGAAAAUAAAGAAAACUGAACAAACAAGAUGUUUCUUGAACUUUUUGUUUAAAAAAACAUCUAGAACUGUGUACAUAUACUUAAUAGGUGUAAAGGUAACCAUAGGAAACCUACCCAGAGUCCCUAGCUGCAGCAUAACCACUGCAUGGUGAAGAAAUGGAUAUGUUGCAAGACAUGAUUAAAUGCCGUUAGCUAGAUACACAUUUGUGAAUAGUUUAGGCUAUUCAAACAAUUAGACCCAAAGGUCCAGAUGGGCUUCCUUCUUAUCUUGUCUUGCCUGGGUUCCUAUAACUGAUAAAUACAAUUUACUUCCUUCAUAAUAUCUCAGCACUUGUGCUUGUUACUUAAGUGUAUGUGUGGAGGAGGAGGGUAUUUUGUGUACAAGUUCAUCUUUUUUCUGCUGACAUAAAUAAUUGUGUUUGAGCUCUGUUUUAACCACUUGUGGAACAAUGGGGGAUAAUUUUUCAAAGUGUUCUUUAAAAUGGUGGUUAAAUUCAGUCAUUCUGAUUUGUAUUUAUUAGAGCUCACGGACUGUACAGGUCCUACUGUUCGUUUUGAAUUGAUACAUGUUCACCAUGUUUGUACUGUGGAGUAUGUCAGCGCUAUAUAAAUACUGAAUAAUAAUAAUAAUGUUAUCUUGAAAGUGGCAGUUUUUUUCAUAGUAAAUUGUGCCAGUUUUCACAGAAAUUUCUAUUCCAGAAGACUGCUUAACUUGUAAUUUGAAAAGUUCUGCUACUUCGCUGUUGGAAAAAGUGGCAGAAAUAUUCAAAAGUUCCUUGCAUUGGUGAAAAAACAAGAAUACAGGAUACAAAACAAGUAACACAUGAAAAAAAAAAAAAAAGAAUAAUCAGGCAGAUUUAAAAAAAAAUGCACCAAAAAUAAGAAGAAAAAGUGUCCUUAAUACUUUGAUAUGUCUCCCCAACGACUGCACAGGAAUAUAACAGGAUACCAUAUUUUUUUUUUUUUUUUAAAUAUUGGAUGAAUUUUUUUGCCCCAAAAUUUGAGGUAAAAAACUAACCGCGUCCUAUAUACCCAAUGUGUACUAUAUAAUAUAUAUCAAGUAUUGCUAUAUUUAUGCAGCUGCAGUCUUGCCAGUCUCCCUCACUGGGCCAUUCCAAGUUCCUGUUGCUCUCGGCCGGGUCCUCCCUCUCUCACUCCAACACUGCACAAUCCCAGGGCUUGCUUAAAACAUCUGGCCCCAGCAGAGGUGCAGACAGAGUAUACCUAGACCAAUAGGAAGACCACUAAACCAGAGUUAUAACCCCUCCCCUUGCCAAAGGUAAGAUUCAGGGAGGGGGUAGUAAACUUAAAGGAACACUAUAGGGUCAGGAACAUAAACAUGCAUUCCUGACCCUAUAGUGUUAAACCACUAGCAUUUUAUUCCAGUUUGCUGGUGCUGGCUCUUCUCCUGAUCUGCCUCUUUUGCUGACAUCAUCAGAAUUGGCUUUCCCAUUGGAUUGGCUGAGUUUGUCAAUUCUGAUGAUCUCAGCCAAGGAGGCAAGCCAGAGGCAGAGCCAAACACCGCUCUGGCCAACCAGCAUCUCCUCAUAGAGAUGCAUUAAAUAAGUGCAUCUCUAUGAGGAAAGUUCAGUGUCUCCAAGCAGAGGAUGGAUACACUGAUUGUGCAGCACUGCCACAGAAACCACCUGGAGAGGCAACUGGAGGUGUCCCUAGGCUGUAAUGUAAACAUUGCUUUUUACAGAAAAAAGCCUGCACGGGCUGAGUAUACUCACCAGAACAACUACAUUAAGUUGUAGUUGUUCUGGUGGCUGUAAUGUACCUUUAAAUAGCCCCACCCCAAAAAUAAACUACUUCUCUCUCAUUCCCUACAGAACACUGCCCCUAUCCCACCCUUCAAAUUUACACACACUGUAUAUACAUGAGAAUACACCGUAGCCUCUUCCUUCAUAUUAUACUAGUUGUGUAUGUUUUUAUCUUAUUAAAUGGCAUUUGUCUUGAUUUUAAUGCUGCUUAUUUGGCAGAUAGAGCAAUGGGAACCCAGGGCCUUCCCAUUGACCGAAAAAACUGCAUUAUCAUUGCUAAAUGAAGUGGCCAAACACUCGCAGUGCACUUCCAUACUUCAGCCACCCCAAUCUGAUGCUGAAGGUGCGCAACACUCCGUUGGCGAUUCAGAUCUAACGUGACAUUGGAAGCGGUUUGCAUUCACAAUUUAGCAUACCCAGAGAAAAAUGAAGGUAAGCUGUAGCCUAGUUGAUAUCUAAUAAAGUUAGUGGUGCUUGGAAUAACUAUGUAACUGUACAAGUCAAAUAUGAAACUGGCUGUCUGUUAAAGUGAACCUGUCACACAUAUACCAAGUUUGCCUAAAUCGCCCCAUACCGCAAAGUACAUUUUUGAGAUUUAUACAACUCACCUGUUCCAGUACCGCCAUUUUGUUGUCUUUGUUGGGGUUACUAUGCGACACCCACCUCCAGACCACCACUUGCUCCUCCUGCUGUCUUCUGUGAUUUUAACCUUCUUGGGCACGCUUGUGUAUGUAUAAUUCUGUGCAUUAUGGUAAACAUAGAAUGUGAUGGCAGAUAAGAACCAUUUGGCUCAUCUAGUCUGCCCAAUUUUCUAAAUACUUUCAUUAGUCCCUGGCCUUAUCUUAUAGUUAGGAUAGCCUUAUGCCUAUCCCACGCAUGCUUAAACUACCCUCUCAGUAAAGUAAUACUUCCUGAUAUUUUUAAACCUUCGUCCCUCUAAUUUAAGACUCUGUCCUCUUGUUGUGGUAGUUUUUCUUCUUUUAAAUAUCGUCUCCUCCUUUAACUGUGUAGAUUCCCUUUAUGUAUUUAAAUGUUUCUAUCAUAUCCCCCCUGUCUCGUCUUUCCUCCAAGCUAUACAUGUUAAGAUCCUUUAACCUUUCCUGGUAAGUUUUAUCCUGCACUCCAUGAACCUGUUUAGUAGCCCUUCUCUGAUCUCUCUAAGGUAUCAAUAUCCUUCUGAAGAUACAUGCAGAAACGUGCAUAUGUUUAAAUAAGCGGAAUACCUUAACUCCCUCAUUGCCAUUAGAAACAUUUCUCCAGAAUAAUUUUGUGAUCAACUACUUUAUGGAGGAAACAAUCUUGUCUGUGUAGGAUUAAAUACUGCAAUUCAAAUAAGUGGAUAGAACUAUUCAUCCUGUAUCAAAACACAGGAGGGUGGCUAAAUUAAUUUACUUUGUGCAUGUUUGUUUGUGUCUGUUUUUCUCUGCGUGUGUGCACAUGAGUGUCUGUGUUUUUAUGUGACUAUAUGAAUGUGUGUAUCUGUGUCAGUAUAUUUAUAUAUGUAUUAUUGUAUCUGCAGGUGUGUCGUAGUGUUUGUAUCUGUAAGAGUGUGAGUCUGUGUAUCAAAAUGUGUUUUUGAUUUAUUUUGGGGGGUGAGGUGUGUGGAGGGUGUGAUUGCAUGUCAGUAAAUGUGGAGUGGGGUUGCAUGGUGCGAGGGGCCCAAGUAGAAUGUUUGCUCGAUGUUCAAGCAAUAGUAAAGACUGCCCUGAUUAUGACAAAUGAAGAGCUAUAACAAGCAUUUCCUUCAGGUAUAUAAAGUCUUUGAUGAAAGAAAGAGAAAAUAAAAAAAACAUGGCAAAGAAUUAUAUUGCCCAAGCCAUAGUGAUCCAAUUGAUAAUAUGUAGGAGAGUAAAGCUGGCCAAAUGUAGCUCCUAGCAAUUGCAGAAUUAAAACAACCAUGAAACUUUGACAGUCCAAAGAAUCAUUACAAGGGCUGCCUUUUGGCCCUUCCUAGUGUAGAAUGAUGACCAUAGGGGAGAGGGACUUCUGCAUUUUUACAAAAACAGUAAACACAAAAAAAAACAAGCUUCCAGAGGCAGGGGUCCUAAUUACCGUGAAGUUGCACAUUCAACUAAUACACUUGCACCCCAUUUCUCAAAAAGAACAUUAAACUCAAUAUAAUCAAUACACUUGUACUUGAAUGUUUUACUGUCUACACAGCCUCGUAUAACCUCUUUGCAUUGUGCUUUGCCUUUCUGAUACAGGUUGCACACGGAACCUACUAGCCAAAAAACUACAAGUGACCUUUCAGCUACCCUGUACCCAAAGACUGUUUCUUCUGACCCUGCAGGCUGGGGUUACAAAGACAUGCUAUUCUGUGUUGUACUUGCCAAUAGCUGCUGCAGGCAAGCAGGAAGAAGAAAAUGGAUUCAGUGUGUAUUUGUAUAUAGUGUUUUUUGGUUGUUCAAAAAAAACAUUAACACUUGUUCAGCAUUACUGGGCAUUUUGCAAAGGAGACACAAGGUGAUAAUGAGCCUGUGCAUAUAUUACUUGUUUAAAAGUAUUCCCCCACAUUUCCAAUUAAUAAGUUUAAUGGUAAGCUUGUUUAAGCUGGGCCGUCUUCACAUUUUGUUCCUGUUAGCAUUUGUUGUUUGUAUUUCUUUGUUCUGUAUUGACCCCACACUGUAAAGCUUUGUGGAAUAUUUUCGCACUAUAUAAAUAAUGUAUCACAAAGGAGUAUAUUAAAAGGUACAAGACAGGAGGAAGAGUUACUCAGGAGCAGUAAUUGUCCUUGGUUUGUGUGCUAAAUUUCCCAUCAUGCUCUCUCUCUCUCUCUAAGGGCUUGGUUGAGAAUUGUGGCUAUUGUACUUAAAACAUCAAGGGUGCUGUGGUUGGUCAUAAUUGCUCCACAACAGGGUUAUCCAAACUCUGGCCCUCAAGAUGUUGCUGAACUUCAACUCCCAUGAUUCUUUGAAAGAAAUAGCCCAAGUAUCAUAGGAGUUGUAGUUCAGCAAGGCCAGAGUUUUUAAACCCUGCUCUAGAAUCACUGUAAACUGAUGCACUGCAGUAUUUUAUUGGUCUUUUUUGAUCUGUUUAUAAUAUUACCAUUCCUUCAAACUACAGUAGAAAUGAGCCCAAGUGGAGAAUACAUCGGCACCUUGUAUAAUUACACUGUCGCAAAACAUAGGUGAAAAGGAGACUAAUUUUGUCUUUUAACCAGACUGUGGACUAUUCAAUGUGUUCUAUUUUAUAUUAAAGUUAUUUCUGUAGUUUAAGUGUGUUCUCAAUUAAUUGGAGAUCAGAAGUUGUUUGUCUUUCCAGUGACUCGGUGGUAGGUGUUUAUCACCCAAUCAGCAAAGCACUUUUAUAACAAUGCAUAUGACUUAAUUAGCACUGUACAGGAAUACUAAUCACAGAGCCAUUGCACGUAUUCCCUUACUAGAGAAAGGUCAAUGUACAUUUAUAUAACUUUGAUUAAGGUAGCAUGCAACCCCCUCCUGUGGCGCUGUGUGCAGACUGCAGAGAUAUCACAAAAAUGCUUGUGGUGGUCUUUAACACAGGUCUAAAUUAAAAAUAAUAUGAAAUAAACUGCAAAAUGAGAGGUGGGGGGGUGGGGGGGUCUCCAGUUAAUCCAAUUUGGCACUGUUACAACACUAAGCACCAUUGUUUAUUUGUAUCAUUAGUUACUGUAAUUCAAGGGUAUUUAAUUUGUGGCCUGAUGACUGUCUGUGCAGUCAUGAUAAUCUGACCUUUGUUAGUACUAAUGGCCUAUUCUUUUAAUUACAGCACAGCAAUUGGGUUGCCAAAAUAAAGAAUGUAAUACAAUCUAGACUGCAAAACAAAAAAAAAAGCUUUAAAAAAGGGGUUAUCUAUUAAAGUAUGUUAAUUACAUUUACUGGAUAAUAUUUACACACCUAAAGACCUUUACAUAUUUGAUUUUAAAAUUACUGGUAACAACCUAAGGAUAUUAGGCUUAAUGAAGCAGUAUUGGUGUGUUACAUGCAGGGAGUUGUGACUAUGGCUGUAUCAACAGUUAUUUAACUCCUAAAUGACAGAAUUAAGCAGUGAGACUGUAAGGGCACGAUGUAUACCAGGGAUGCGCAAAAGGUGAAUAUUUUAAAACUACAGCUUCCUUAACUUUUUCUCAUUCUAAAGGCAUGUAAUAAAUCAUGGGAUUUGUAGUUCUACAACAUGUGGGGAUCUACUUUUCUUAAGCCAACCGGAUCUAUACUAUAAACUGCUUUAUUAAACAAAUUGUUUUGGUACCUAUACUGUCCCUGUAAAAAAACUUUUAUCCCACCCCACCCCCCAAACAAAACGCAUUUGUUAAUAAAGAUGUUUUAAUUAAAACCUCACAGGUGACAGGCCCUUCAAUCCAAUUUCCAACCGUUUCCAAACUAAUGCUAUAUGUAAAGACAAAAGGGAAGAAGGUUUAGUCACUAAACCAAAUAUUAUUGAAAAAUGACAAAUAAAUUGGACAUUUUAGACCAAAGAAGCUAAGCGGAGGAAAAACGCCCCAAAAAAACAACCUGAUUUCUCAUUCGCUCUCCCUCCCCUCCUCCCUACAUUUUGGUGUAAAAUUUGAAACCCCUGUUGUCAAUUCUCCACAAUGCUCAGUUUACUAAAUAAACCCAACACUAGUUCCUGUUCCUCAAAUCAGUCUCUGUAACCUGCAAGGUUAUUCCAUCUCAUUACUGUCCACCCUGGUCUUGGUCCCAGAGCCGCUUCUUUGAAAUCGGAAUGGAUCCUCACUACAGUAGUCUGAACAGUGUAUGGCCAGAGCCAAAAAUAAUUGUGCUUUCCAUUCUCUUCAUCGGUCCAGAGAGCGUUUCUGAGCAGCUUCACAACAGGCAUUUCGUAGCAGGUUAAUCACAGUGCGAGGAUCAUCGCUCUUCAUUAUGGCACUGCCAGAGACUAUCAUAUUGGCUCCAGCCUGUACA